AGUUCCAUUGUGGGGUCUUUUUUUUUUGCACCUUUUUUUUGCAGCGGGCUUCGGUUUCCUUUUUUUGCAUCUGUAAAUUCUGUUGUGGGGUAUAUUUUUUUGCAUUUUUUUUAUUUGCUGGUUUUGGUUUCUUAUUUUGCAUUGGUAAAUUCCGUUGUGGCUUUUUUUUUUGCAUUCUUUUUUAUUUGCAGCAGUGGCAAUUCUAGGCUACCAUAUAAACUGAUCCUCAUUGAGUGAAGUAAACCCUGUAGCAUCAUAUCCUUGGGUUCAUCAGCUGCUUCUUUAAAACUGAGAUUUUGUGGGUCCUGCUUAUUUAUUUUUUAAGCAAAAGUUUUCAUCUCAUAUUAUUAUUAUCAUUAUUGUUGUUGUUUUUGUUAUUUUUCUAAUUAUUCUUUUAUCUAUUUUCUUUCCAGUGCAAUUGCUUAUUAUUUUUCUUUAUUAAUAUUAUUUUUAUUUUACAUACAAUUUUGCCCCCAAACCACAUACAUUGUACUCAUCCACAAAAUCAAGCGAUAUUUCUUACCAUAAAUUUUGAACAGUUGUGACUGAUACUCCCUACUCCUGUCUCAUUUGCGUUUUUGCUCUGCUUGCCUUUUUUGCUGAUGUACCAUUAUCAUUUUUUUUUAUUUUUACUUAUUUAUUUUUGUUGUUGUUGUUUUUGUCUCUUGUUAUUCUUUGUUGGUGUUUAUUUUUCCAUUUUUUGUUAUUUCUUGUUUCUAUUAUUAGUCAUAAUGCACCACACUCUUUUGCAUGUUUUGUUAAAUGUUUGCAAUAAAAAAUAAAAAAAUGUUUUCAUCUCAGGUCUCAUUGUGUUGGUUUUUGAGCCUAAUCUGAUUUUGUAGGGGAUGAGUCGAGGGGCCUCAUUUAAAGUCCCCCCUCAGGGCUCCUUAAAUGCUUAAACAGGCCCUGUUAUCUUCUCUUUUUUUCUCUCUCUCCGCCUGUUGUUGUAAAUACCUCAAUGAAAAGGGGGCUGGACCACCUCAGCUGCCAGCGGUGCAGCCCACCAUCAGUGUCCAAGUUUCCGUGUGUGUUUCUCGGUGUGAUACGGCUGAAUGUUUUCAGUGAAGGUUGCGUAACUUUACUCUGCAGAUCGGCAGCCUGAGUGUCGCCUGUUUGAGCCCAGAUCAGAGGCGGGAAUGGAGCGGAGCGACGAGGAGCAGAAUGAGAGUGGCUCGUCCCAGCAGCACAGCACGAUGUGGAAACAGUUUCAAGCCAAAGCGAAGCCACUACUCAGCCCCAAACUGGGCUCCAGAGACCCCGAGGACAAAAAGGAGAGGUCCGGAUGGAUGUUUAAGAAGAUGAAGCGGAAGGAAAACGUCAUUCUGGACAGAGUGAUCUCCUCCUCACAGCCGGACUUGCUGUUCUCCUCCCCCCAGGUGGAGGAGGCUCAAGUAUGCGGCAAAGCGGUGGCUAGCGGCUCCGGAGCGGGCCGGGAGAAACUGCUAGCGUUCAGAUCCGGCAGUACGAACAAGCCCACGUUGGCUCAUUUGGUGCAAUCCCAUCAUAAAAGCUCCUCACUGGGGUCUGCGUGUUUGGAGAGGCUGGCGGAGCCCCCGGGUGGCGGCAGCGGCGGAGGACGCGACGCGGCAACAUCUUCCGUAGCUGCAGAAGCGCCUCUGGAGAGCAAGGAUGAGCAGCCGGUGAGCUUAAACCUGCCAAAUAUGAGGAGUUGUUUGUAAAUAUCACAUGCACUUACAUGCACUGCUUUAACCGAUUAUCAGAUGGUCGGUUAAUCGACGAUUGAACACUUCUAAAGGCAAGUUUCGUUGCAGGUUGCUGCGCCUGACAUGCUGCUGACAGGAAUGCAAAACAAACAAGACAGAUUGAUGAUUUUUCAGGUUUUGGGUUCAAAGAAGGAAACCCCAAAGAAAACAGCUGGUGUAAUAUGUGCCGUAAUCAAUCUGCAGACUAUCUACUCGAUUAAUUGUAGUUAACUUUAAACAGGGAUAUGUUCAAGGUGCUCGUUUAUCUGAACUGUAAACGUGCGUUAGACCCCCCCCAGAGAUGAAUGUUGCCGACCCCUUGCUUCUCUAGUUAUACCAACUAGUAAUGACUGCAGGAUAGCAAUACAGAGAGCCACGGGCUCAACCAAAACGCCACUCUAUAGCCACAAAUAAUGCUCAGAACAGCACCUAACUUCACCAACAGUACAUAUAGGGUCCCAGCCAUAGAACUAGCCACCAAACAUCUUUUUAACUUUGACUAAUUUCUUUAGCAAAGAGACUAAACACAACUCACCUACUCUCUUCCAGCAGCCGCUUGUUUGUGGCAAGUCCUCAGGCCAGUCCAUUACGGAGUUCAGCGGGGUGACGCAGCUCAAGUAAGAACAUUUAUGAAAUAUUCAGAGGCGAAUUUUGACGCGCCUGACUAUACACAUCAAGCGCGAUGCGAUUUUGCAACUUUCCGGGGAAAAAAAAGAAGCGUCACGGGUAGAAGCGAGAAGACUGACACAACAGCAGACUAACGGUUUUUCAGUUCUGAUUAGACACUAGUGUUGAGAUGACUGUCUGUCAUGAUAGCAUACUGAGUCGGGGCCAGUACCAGAUAAGCACAUAAAACUAUCAUCCAUAAACGAAAGGUAAAAACUGAGACCUAAUGGUGCUGUGACAGCAAUGCGUUUGAGUUUGAGACAGUGAAAAUACAUAUUGUAUGUUGUAUCUGAACAGGUUAGCUUACGAGCUAAAGUUACUUAGCACAGAUGAAAGUUAAAACAAAGUUAGCAAACUGUUAAAACACACAAACCAUCGUCAUAUGAGAAAUCCAAUGCUAUGACUCUCCACAAGUUGUCCUUCAGGUCGUUAUCUUUGUAAUAUUUGUAUUUUUUAUCAAAAAGCACUCUGUUCUCCGACAUGUAAAUAAUCAGCCAGUCGGCCAUGUUGGAUAUACCAGUGAAUCAGACCUUGCAACAACACGCAAUCUGAUUGGUCAGAAGUGGACACACAGUAUGUGAAACUUCAGAAAAUUCUACAGUGAUACGGAAAAAAUAAAUGCAGCAAUAUCACAGGACGGGAAAACGUCACUGAUGUGAAUGCUUGUAUUGACAGGAUACGGGUUUGAAAAAAAAAUAUUGAAGUCUGAAAUAAUUGCACGAAAAAAACGCUCCCAGCGUGAAAGGAUCUUUAUUUGUGGCUAUAGAGUGGCGUUUUGGUUGAGCCCGUGGCUCUCUGUAUUGCUAUCCUGCGGUCGUUACUAAAGUUGGUAUAACUCAGUGCUUCUCAAUUAUUUUCUGUUACGCCCCCCCUAGCAAGAAGAAAACUAUUCGCGCCCCCCACUCCCCACCGUGACCAUCUCUGCAUAACAUUUUAUCCUAAUUAACAUUAAAGAAAAGAAAAAAAGAAAGACAUAUGGUCAAACUUACAAAGAAUAACUUUAUUAAAUCUAUUUUAAGUCUGCAACAGAAAAGAUUUUAAGUGCAUCAAUGCCUGAAAUUAAAAAUAAAUAAAUCCUUGUUUAAACUGUAAACAUGUUUGACCAACUAAUUGCACCAUUGCAAAAUUAAAUCAAAUCAAUAAAUAAUAUUUAAUAAUUAUAAUAACUAAUAAACUACAAAAACUAAAAAAGUAACUAAUUUAUAUUCAGUUCAGCAACAUUAACUCAGGAGCACAAUAUAUAAAGCACUUGAACCUACAAAACAAAAAUGAAUUAAACAAUUUGUGCUCUUUUUUUCUUUCUUUUUUUGAUCAAAAUGAGGAGGAAGUCAGGUUUAAUGGCUACAAUGAGCACGUUUUGCAGUGCACAGCUUUUCGAAGCGAGGUUCGAAGCAUGAUAGUGCAACUCUCAGCUCCUGCUCAAUGUUUACAAAAUAGUACAUACAAGCAGAGAUCAUUCCCACAAAAUUAAUUCAAUGAUUGUUUUGUAUGAAGGAGUAUGAGGGCCGUAUUUAGAAUUUUCUUCGAGAUUUAAGUUGUGAAUUUACGAGAAUAAAGUCAUUAAUUUAUGAGAAUGAAGUCGUAACCUGUUAUUUCAGAGGAGACUUGUUAAAAUUAGGGCCAUGAAGCAUUUGAAGGAACUUUGCUUCAGUAUAGUUUUCACAAACAAGGAGAUACUUCAUCCUUUGGUACAUCAGCAUCACAUUGUCAUAAGUAUAAAGACUUAAAAAAAGAAUGUAUGAGAAAUACGUCUUUUCCACGGGGAAGAAAACUGGUGUACUUGAAGGAAAUCGCUGCUUUUGUGGAGGCAGAAAUGAAUAUGAUGAUGAUAUAUCUGUCAAUGCAGCCGUAAAUAUCCGUGAAUGACAUUGAGCUUUAAUUUAUGAUAUGAAUCCAUAUGCCAUAAUAAGGUGUUGGUGUCUCUGCAGGUGUAGGCUACCGCCGGUGUCAGAGACGUGGUGCUCGUCGGAGCUCGACUCCCUCUGGAUCACAAAUGUUGAUCAUCAUCAGUUUGAUUGUUUCUUCAGAAACCACAAAGCUGACCUGUCUGCUGUUUUUGGAUUUCUUGUACUUUCUUUUAAGACACGCUGUGUCUCCAAGCGAGUCCAGCCUCUCACCUGAAAUGCGCAGCUGUGCAGCGGCACGCAAAGCAUUCUGGGAUACCGACGGCACGAAAGCGUGCAUAAAUGCACGCUUGAAAACAUGCUAAGCGCGCUUAGCAUUUCUUAGCAUCUCGUGCCAAAUGGGCCACCGUUCGCGCCGUCAUGCACGCUUCAAAUGCACCGUUCAACGGUGCAGAAGUGCACUUAGCUCGAUGCGGUCUCUGAAAUGAGACACAGCCCAAGGCAAACCUGUUGUCUUGUAAGUCGUAAAAUGUUGCACUGUCGCAAACGUGACAGAAGUAACAAUGAGAGCGCCACUGCCGCCUACUGUAGUGGAUGCGCAAUUACACUUUAUACUAGUACGGCCAAAAAAAAAAAGCCUGUUCCCCAGGGUCACACGCGCCCCCCCAGAUAUCGCACCGCGCCCAAAGGGGGCGCGGUGCGAUAUCUGGGGGGGCGCCACUAUUUGAGAAGCCCCACUAUUUGAGAAGCACUGGUAUAACUAGAGAAGCAAGCAGUCGGCAACAUUAAUCUCUGUAGGGGGUGUCUAACUCAGUGUUACCGUGUGUUUGACCCCAGAUUAAUUUUACACCAGAAUAUCCCUUUAAUUUAGUUCAUGUAUCCUAACUUCAUAAUGAAUCCAUUAAUCAUGUCAGCUUUCACAUGUUGAUCUUGCUCUCGGUGUUACAGGCUUCACUCAUGAUUAAAAACGAGCUAGACUCAGUGGAAGCAGCUUAUGUGAUGACAGGAGGAACCUUUUGUGUUGUAAAACAAAGAGGGGAAACCCUGGAGCUGUCGUACAGGAGCUAUAGGGGUAGAAAAAAACGAUGCACAGAAAAGUUUCAAUAAUUCAUUCUUCCUGAAAAAAAACAUACUGAGAUGGAUGAAAGCCCCGCUGCAGCAUUGAUUCAGUGCAAAUUGGUAGUUUGAUUUAUAGGAUGAUAAACAAGUCCAUUAAACAGUCUAACAAACCAAUUAUCGGCUUCUCAGAGGAGUGGCAAAGUGGAGAGGGAGGGAGGGUGGAGACUGAAGGACGCUUCAGUGGAUGAAAACAAAACAUUCAAGGAGACGAGGAGGAAAGACACAUCAAGCUUAGUCAUGAUGGGAAUAAAAAAAAAGUUGUGUUUGCACUUUUUCUAAGCUUCUUUCAGAGGGUGUAUGUGCGUGUGAGUGUGUGUGUGUGGUUUACAAGAUGUCGCUGAUGCUGCAGCCUCGGGUCAUCAGGAAGACGAGCUGCAGGAGAUCAGAGCAGACAGUUUGAUGGAGAAAGUGACUCGCAGGAUGAAGUGCAGCUCUUUCAAACAUCCCAGGAGACGGGAUCAUGUCAGGUUUUUAGCUGCUCUGAGGAGACGGUGCAGCGUUCAGAAAACAUUCAGAAAUAUACGAUCGGGAUGAUAAGGUUUGAAAUGUGCAGGAGUGUGUCUGAUUGUUCCUGUUUGUUCAGUCAGUGUCAGGAAAAUUAAGAUAGAGUUAGAGGAGCUGCAGACAUUAAGCUGUGUGGUGUGAGGGUUCAGUCAAACAGCCGCCCCGGAGAGCUUUUAUGGCUUUUAUGGGUUGUUUGUUUUUAUUAUUCAGAGGAGCAGGGCCAAAAAUUCAGUCUGAAUGAGGCCGAGACCUGAAACACAGAUGGAGACUAAAGCAGUGAACAAAACCAGAUCCAGAGUCAGGAGCUGUUUUUCAUUUUUAUCAGUAAAUCAAUGAAUUCAAAAGUAUGUAAAUAUAGUUUAUUACAAGGGCUGGGGGAUAAAAUGAUAACGAUAUACUGUAAAUUAAUUUCCCUCAACAUCAAUAUGAAACAUGGUCAAUAUGAUUUUUUAUAGUCGUCAUUCUGCCAUGUUUUGGUAGACUAUAUGAAUAGCCAAUGAAAAGGGGAGUUGUUCCAGGUCCGCUUUGUGCUGAACCAAUCAUAUACUGAGUUAGAACCACAUAGCAAACAACUGCGCCAUAGCAGGCAGCAGCUACACAACCAUAGCACUUUAACAGGUGAAGCCGACAGCACUGUUGGUGAGAAAAAAAGAUGAGUGCUAUCCCCGACAGAAAUUAUGAUGAAGGCUCAACAGAUGGCGACGUUGUCAACAACACUGGCACGAAAACGGUCAGUGGUGUGGAGGUAUUUUGGUUUUUUGAGGUCAGACAUGAAUCAGAGUAAUGUGUACUGCAAAUUAUGUCAAGAACAUGUUCUCACAAAGUCGGGGAAUACCUCAAAUCUUUUUCACCACCUGAAGCAGCACCGCGCGGCAGAGCACGCACAACGCAAAAGGUUACAAACCCCGAGAGGUGCAAGGAGCCUGUGGUGCCUGUGCAGCCGAAACAUUCAGUCCGCUUUCUCUACGAACAAAUGCAGACCUCACAGAUGCAGUAGAUUAUUGUAUUGCAAAAGACAUGCUACCAAUAAGCACUGUUAAAUUUCAUUUUUUAUAUCGUGAUAAUAAAUAUAUCAACAUCGACUGAUAUGAAAAAAACAUAUCAUGAUAAACUUUUUCCCAUAUCGCCCAGCCCUGUUUAUAAGUGUAAUGAUAUAUAAAUGUACAUCUAUCAUCAAGGUACAAAAGUUGAGCCCAGUUGGAGCAUGAUGUUUAUGUUCUGUUUGCUGCUUCAGGAAAAGUGAUCAGCUGUUUGUCUCAUCCUUGCAAACCUUUAACUAAACAACAGCUUUCUCAUUCGAUAGGCAGGACAUUUGUUUGGUUUCCAGCAGCAGCAGUUUUCUGACUUGAAAGUAUUCACAACUGUAGUCAGGGUGAUGUCCACUCAUGGAGUCAUCAGGCUGAGUGUCUCUGCGAAGUGAACAAAGGAUACUGAGAUGACUGUGGAAGGUUGUUUGUUGUUGUUUAGUUGUCUUAAAGUUAAGUCUUGUUGUUGCAUGGUCAAGAAAAACACUUCAAGAGUCUGGAUCCUCCCAAACACCAGAGAAAAAAAGUCCAGAAGGAUCACCUGCAGACGAGUAGAGUCUGGGACAAAUGCGCUUUAUGGCGUCUUCAGCAGCAAACAUGAACACUGGACCCCGAAACAGAGCCCGCUCCGCUACGCCGCCGUUAUAUAUCAGCUGUCAUCACGACCUUGUACUUUCAAAUCAAUCCUGCAACAGGGUGUCAUUUGUGUUUCAGUGUGAUUUCACAUCACAGGGGUGCUUCAAGGGUAGUGGAGCAGUCUAGCUGGCACAAGGGUGGAGCUGGGGUGGAGGUGGGUUGCUGGUUGCCUGGCAAAGCAGAGGAAGAGGCUUGGUUAGGGCAGUUUUAAAUAGGGCGCUCUAAAGGACCAAUAGGAGCUAGGAGGAAAUAGCUGGGCCAUCAGCUGGUUGAGGUGGCUACUUGCCAUUGGCUGCAGAUCAGCGCUUGACGUCGUGACCUGCCAGAACUAACACUAUGCUUCAUAUAGUUUCAUGAGUAGUAGAUCAUCAAGGCAGUAAUCCACCCUCAUGGAGUGAGGACUUUUUUGGACAUUUUCAGGCAUUUUGUGCUUUUUUAAAUACAGACAUCAGUGCGAUCUGUGUGAUACAUGCAACGGCCUCACGCUCCUAUAAGUCAGUCCAGUUUACGCUCUGAGAGUUUUCCACAGGUGCUUUAGUUCAUUCACUGCACUACAAAGCGAUCAUUGCUCUGAGGUUUCCGUCCUCCCGCUCAGGUGAGACUCCUAACCCCUCCGAUCCCUUAUCUGAGAUUGAUUAUCCUCCCUGACUGCCGGGUCUCUGAAGCUGAAUUUUCAACACUUUAAUGAACACAUGACAUAACUUUGACCCUCACGUCUCUAGAUCUGAGUUUAAUAAUCCUCAUCAGGCUGGUUUGAGGCGACCUCAGAGUCUGCAGAGCUCGGUUUGGUUCGAUGCAUCGAUCUGAUGCGAGGAGAUUAUUAAAUGAAGAAAAGGCUGUGACUCCUGUCCUGUGGCUGUAAUCUGAAAUCUAUACACACACACACACAUAUAUAUAUACAGUCCUCUGUGUAGAUAAUGUAUAUAGAGUGUGAAUGCAUUUAUGGAUGGCUGCGCUGCCUGUGUAAUAACCAUCCUCCUCUGAGGGGGGAAACCCUGCAGCUCAGUCACUCACAUGUGACGGAGGAAGAAGAGGAGGGCCCUGCACAUGUAAGCAGGACUCAUGUAGAGAUUUUUUCUUAAUGCAUUUCUCUGAAAAAGGAGGAAAACCAAAAGAGGACAUGAGCUCUCAUAGCAGCAGCUUUUGUGUAAGUGAAACCGGUGAUUAUCCGAGUUCCUUCAGGAUGGUAAGUGGAACAAAAUCCUUUUUUAGGCGCUCUUUUGUGUGUUUUUAUUCUUCAACAAAAGUGUUUUAAUUGAGAGGAAUGUGGAGAGCAGAGAUUCAAAGCAUUGGCCCGCAUGUCAGGAGGGAUUCAAUUACAGGAAGUGGCUCCAGCGAACAUGAUAGUCGUGGGAUAAAGACCAAGACAGAUAUGACAUCUGAAAUCUGUUCAGUCUGGAGAAACUGCAGUUGGUGUGCGCUCUCCUGUGUUCUGGUCAGAGGACACAGGAGAUACAAUACUUGUCUUUGUCUGGAGCUGUCUGCGCUUCCUCUGAGACAUCAGAGCGGACUGUUUUCCACCUGCUCUGACCUGCACAGGUCAGAUCUCAGACUUCACAGAGACUCUGCGUGACUCAGUCUGCUCCGAUAAGACACAAAAACAGACUUUUUUGAGCUGAGAGGGAUUUGUAGUCAGUCCUGGAGUGACUCAGAUGCUGCAGUGAGAUUAAUGCACCUGAUUGGUUAUCGAAGAUUUGUCACAGGUGGAGAUGUUUUAAGAGGAAAGGGGUGGAUGUGUGGAAAAUCAUAAGCAUGUGGCUGAUAGUAAAUGUGCUUUUGUUUCUGCAUCAGUUGAAGCUUGAAUGUCAGAAAUAUUCGCAGUGAUCCUGUUUCUGGUUCUCCAGCUGAACAUCUCUGGUUUAGAGGACGUCUCCUCUCUUUUUGGAGGUCAAGAUGAAACUGCCUCCUCUUUUUUUUUUGAUGUAUUUGGACUAAAAGUUUUUUUCAACAUGUAUUUUGUUCCAACAAAGUUACAGACGUGUAUGUUAAAAUAAAUAAUAAGAGUCUGUAUGUUUAUUUCCGCUGUAAAGUUUGACAUCUCAACAUGGGGCUCUAUCCAGGUUGACUCACUUUUGGCAACUGCCUCAAGUGGACACCAGAGGAACUGCAGUGUAUUAGUAUUUUUCAGCCCUGGAGGUUGAUACUCAGUACUUUUACAUGACACUCAAGAAAACCUAAUUAUUGCUUUACUCCGAUUAAAGGUGGGGUAGGCAGGAAUCCGUUAAAGAAGCAUCUUUUUUGUGGUGUAUAUACAAAAAAGCUUUUAAUAUCAGUCAGUAGCUAUUAGUAAUUGAUGACAUUUUGGGAAUAUAAUGAUAUCGCUGAGUUUUGUUGUGUCUGUGUAGACAACAUUUUAAAAUUUCAGAGCGCUCCGCUCUUUCUGACUGCAAACAAAGCCAUUCCAUGCCUCCCCCAACCUGAUUGGUUGUGAGGCAGACGCUGCUCCCCUGUGUUGUUCAUGAGCCCAAACAAAGUCAGCGUGCUACAAUAUCGGACAGUAGAAACCAACCAGAAAGUUCGGAAAAUUGUCUGAAUCCUCCUUUGGCCAUGACUGCCAACACAAGCAAGAAAACGAAGUAAAUACAGGAGACUCUGGCGAAAUAACGGGCGUUUAAAACGGAGGUAGACCGGACAAGAGCUAAAAGAGCCGGGUCAACAAUGAUGGCGGACGCUUUUGGAUCUUCGUGAUCGUGUAACCUUUCUGCUGGACAGGUAAACCGCUUUAACAAAGUAAGCCAAGUGUCUGUAACAGAAGUGUUUCUUGUCAAACGGGACCUUCUGCGUGUUGUAGCACCGCUAAACUGUUGACCUCGGGUCCUGGACUAUGUCACUUUAUCCUAGUUGUAGAAGUCCUGCAAACAUUGUGUUUGCUGGUAGUCUGUUGGCAUCUACAGUAGUACCAAUGCUUUUUACUUUCACGUUGACUGGGCCCCAUUUGUAAUUAUCUGAAGUAUUUAUCUGCAUUAUAUCUGUUUUAUUUAUUGGAACGAUAGGAGUGAGGACGAGCGUCUGUUUGUGGGCGGAGCUUUCUGGAGCAGAGAGGGAGGGGAGAGGAGGAGCUAAGGGGAAAACUGGUUGGGAGGGGUAGUGUAUACAUUCAAGAUUUUACUCAAAAACUGGCACUUCCUCAGAUCCUCACUACCCCACCUUUAAGACUGCACAACUGAAGUGCAUGUAAACACCUUAUUUCGACUCCAGUCGAAGUUUGAGGACUCCAAUUAUAGUCGGAAAACUCCUAUUAAGACACCCAGGUAAUGCGAUUGGAAUUCGAUUUUCUCUACCAUGUAACCAGCGUAGUCGGAGUAUGAUCGCACAAUGCAUGUGUGCGUGCGCCACGCCCCCGUAACCCCGGAACAAAAACACCAGAGAAGAAGUGGCGCUAUCAUUUCAAGAAUCUUCAACUCAGAAGCAACUGCAACAUGGCUGAAGCACGAAAGAAUGUUGACUUUUGGAACAAUGAGGAGAGCGCCUUUAUGCUUUCUGUCCUGACAGAAAUUGACAUUUUAAAUAUAUGGACGGCUGCAAAACGAGGAAUGGAGACACCUUUUUAAAAAGGCCCAGAAACAGCGCAGCUGAAAAGACUCAUAUCGCCCCCUAGUUUUGGGGAGGAGGACAUGUUCACAUCAACAAUUCGAUUUUCUCAUAUAUACGCGGACAAAGAGAGAAGUCCAAAAAAUGAACUUUGAACUUAGUCGGAUUGAGCUGUGCAUGUAAACGUACUGAGUGUUUUCUGUUUGGUCUACAGUAGCUGGAAAAAACUGAUCUCAGAUCUGCUGUGUCAUGUGGUUUUUCCUUUUUUGACCACCAGAUGUCACGCCAUGAGCUUCUAAGCGCCACAUUUCUGUGUCCACCUCCGCUUCAACUAUCUGUCCGUUUUCUAUAGAGCUUAUCCCGUAUGGAGAGGUUUUCUUUCCUCACUCUCGACUUGACGGGACCUCUAAGGUCUGCAUUUUUGGACUCUACCUGACCUUAAAUCUGACCGAUACCUCAGGAGACUUUCCUCUGGGCGUUCAUUCGAGGAGCCUGUCAGUCAGGAUUAAUCCACUACAGGAGGAUUAUAGUAAAGCCAACCAGCACAGCUCCUCCUCCUCCCCCCCUCCUCCUCACCUGUUACUUCCUCUCUCAUUCACACACACACAUACACACAAACACACACACACACCUGCUCCUUCUCGCCUGUUUUCUCCAGAGACCUUUGAGGAGUUUGUUUUCUCUGCAAAUCUGGAUCUAUCCUGGAAAUACACUAUCUUUUUCUCCCUCCAGAACGUCUCCCACAUAGUCUCUGUGUUUUUCAAAAGACCUUUCCACCCCUCUGACGUCUCUUUACCGCCUCCUCACCCGGUCUGUGUCCCCCCACCGCCACCUCCUCGAACCCUGGAUCUCCUCAUAAAUGAGGGCCCGGUGGUGGCAGAGUCCCGUCAUGCCAUUCGAGGGUUGCUUCGCUGUGCCUCCUACGAUGAAACGUUUUCCUUCGCCUCCACCUGUGGUCGACUGCUGUCGGUGAGAACCAUCCUGCUGUGUUUGUCUCUGAUCGGAUAAUGAGUGCGAAUGUUUACAGACGUGCGUCAGCUCUGUUUUUGCGUCCUAAUUAAUCUACAGUUAAGAAAAAUGAAAGAUAACAUGGUUUUUCAGCACAGAGUGAUGCUCUGAAAUCGCCACAUUUUGGAUUUCUUUCAUUUAAACUUGAAAUGCAUGUUUUAGAUUAAUUUCUUUGAAAAAGUGAGAGAAAAAAUAGCACCUUUAUAUCCAGAUUUGUGCUUACUCUUUAAAAAAUAUCCUGGUCUCCCUCAGCAGAUGCUCCAAUUUAGAUUCAUGUGCAGAUGUUUCAACCCCCAGUGUUGGAUUUGUUUAACACUGUUGAAAAUAAAUGUAUAACCAUGAAAGGGAUGAAAAAAAAUACAAAAUCCAAAUAACAGAGAGUGUAAAGUUGCUUUAAAAUUGUGUACUUUAAUCGCAGAUAAAGCACAACAAAAUUAUAAGUGUUACUGCAUCGAUAAACAAUGACAUGACGUAUCCUGAGUGACAGCGUGAACGAUAAACUAAGAGUAAACAUGGUCGAACUGUACCACAUUCCAACUUAACGUAAAACCCUCUCAGUUGGUGAGACCAACAGCAGCAAAUGCCUGUGUUUUUCCGUGACAUCCAAUCCUUUAUAAAUGAAGGCCAUCUGUCAUGAUUUAAAUUGCAAUGAAACCCUGAAUAGACUGACUCUGUCCAAAGAAGUCCAUAAAUAAUUGGACUGAUGAGCAGAAUUGAUAAUCGCAUUGGUAUUCGCCAAGUCCCCUUGAUUCCUAUCCCUAAAAGAGUGGAAUGGAACCAACAGCUUUCUUGGGCUCUUUUCACUUGUUCAGUUGACGAGCACAUACUUCUGGUUGGUAGUUUUAAGCACAUGGAUAAAUGUGUUGCUAAAUGUUGUGUUUGCUCCUGUUACGUCUUAAUCUUGUUCUGCAUUUGAAUCUGAGAAGUUAAGUUCACAGUAACUUAAAAAAAUAUCAAAUAUUCAGACCAGUAUCCUCAUGUCAUAAAGGAAAUUGAUUAGUUAAGAUGUUUGUGUUCAUGUUUGUGUGUCUGUGUGCGCUCUGACCCAGACUGUGAUUAGAGAUCAGUUCGUCUGUGUGAGAAGUGUGGUGACUCAUGUUGUGUAGAUUAACACGUCACUUUUAAACUUAGCUUCGACCCACAUUUGAUCAAAUACCUCCUCUCUUUUAUAACUGAGCACGAUCAAAAUUAACAGCGCUGGAAAAGUAAAUCUUAUUUUAACAAAGCAAAAUAUUAUGGAAAAAAAGCUGAUUAUUACUAUUUUGAAAGGAAUUUAGCAUGUUAAUUCAAGGCUGUGUAUGAGUUAAUGAAUAAAACCAAUGCAGAAGUGUCUUAAACCUGCAUUUUUUAAAUGGCCAGCAGGGGUCUCUACUUGUUCUUAAAGUACCGCCUUUUUGUUCUGUGCUGUAAAUGUUUGUUUAUGCUAUAAAAAAUACAUUUUAAUAUGUAAUCCACCCAGAUUUUUUUUACGUGAAACAUCAAAACAAUUCUGAAACUGCAAAAAUAUUUUGCAUUAUAAUCACAACAGAAAAAAUCCUCUCACAGAAAAACUUUCCUUAAAAACACAUCAAAAUAGUAUUUUUGUGUUUUGGAAAGUGGUUAUAGUUUUAUAUCAUUUUUGCAUUCAUGGACGUGUGAAAGAUUUGUACGUGAAUAAUGCAGUAUUUUAUCUGUUUCACAUUUUUUUGCAUUUUUUAAAAAUCAUUAUUUUGCCAAUGUUUUGCAGAUUUCGAAAAAAAAAAUGAGAAAAAUUUGCAUUUCAGAAAUGUUCAUAUCUAUAAAAGGUUUCUGAAUUUUGUGAAAUUUUUGUUUAAUUUUUUAAAAAUAUUUUUUGUGCUUGAGAACCUUUUUGCUCUAUUGUAAAAUUUUGCAACUUUAGAUUCGUAUUUGCAAAUGGCAAAUUUUUUUGUGUUGAAUUAAAUUAAUAUUUGUUUUGGGAACUGUUGAUAACUAUAUAACUUUUUAUUUUAAUGUAAAAAAUGUUAUCCCAAUUGGUUUUAUUUGUAGGGAACUUUUUUUUGAUUAAAGAAUUUUUGUAAUUCUUAUUAAAUAUUUUUAAACCUUUUUGAACUUAACAAAAUAUUUUUCCUUCUCCUGGAAUAUCAUUUAAUUUCAUGAAAUAUUUUGGUGGCAUUGUCAUGUUUCUGCAGCUGACCUGUAAGAGCCUUAAUUUCUUGUUUUUGCAGACAGCCUCUAGUGGACUUUUUGGGUACUGCAGUUUUUAGCAGUUAGAGAUUUCAUCUCUGCUCUGAAACACAAAGUUGUUGACAGCGCUGCAGGAAGUUGAUGCUAAAGGGGAGAGGUAAAAUUAUUUUGCAGCUCAACCUGUUUUUGUUCAGACUGUUUGCUGAGUCAGCUCUACACAGACUGACAUCAUCCUCCUCUGAUAUUUACCCACAAACACAAAGAGACAAACACAGAUAUUUGAAAAAGGACAGUAAGCAGAAACAGCCCGAACACUGCUGGUGUAGCCUUGAAAAAUGUGAUUUUUAACUCACAUAUUUAUAUUUCUCUGUUACAGAUUGUGACUAAAGGCUUGAAUUACUACAGGACAUAAACACUGAUUUAUGUGAAAGGCUUGUACAGCUCUUGCUGGAGUGAGCAUGCUGGCAGCUCUCUCUCUCUCCUUUCACUUACUUAUUGAUCACUUGGCUGCAGUGUUGAUGUUAAUGGGCCCUUGAGGUUUCAGCCUCGUGUAAUGGAGGGCUCUGCUGAUGACAUUAGGAAGAUAUAUGUUGCUCACAUGUAUUCAGAUCACCUUUGUGGGUUUAUUGACUGUAUAUCUGGCUUCCAGUGUGGUCUGUAAUCUAAUUUCAGGUGUCUCUAGCUGUGUACACAGCGCCACACAAAGUGUUUUAUUAGAUUUACAUAGACAGAUUUGAAAAAGUGGAUCUAAAGAGAAUUUCUCUUUUCAAAUCUGGUUUUCUUCAACCAUCUCUGAAGCAAAAAUAAAUGAAAGUUUCAUGAAUUCAGCUUCUUAAAUUUACUCAUUUUGUGUGUUGAAUAUUUUAGACACACAAAAUGAGUAAAACCUUUUCGUAUGAACCAUUGAUUGCUUGUGAAGCUGAGGUGUCGAUUCCGCCAUCCAAACCGUAAGCUGUAAGAAACAUGGAGGCAGUCUCACCCCCAAUUUUCACCGCAUCUGGAACAGCUACAAAAAGGCCGUAUGCAAUGAUCGUAGCUGAUUGUAACCAUUCAAGUUAAUGUGUCAAUUUCCACUGGCUUCUUUCCGUUCAGCUGCGAAUUGCCGGACUCCACAGCUGAUCGCAAGAGUUCUAUUUUUUCCAGACGACAGAGCAUGCCGGAUAAAUUCAGCACAGACUAACCUGAGCUGGAAAGGAAGUCGGGCGCAGACACAAAAUAAAACAUCCGGCUUCUUUUCAAAAUAAAACACUCUGUGUUUCAGGCGAAUCAUAUUUCACACCAUGCAAACGGGCGGAGAUGAACAAGUGAAAGGUUUUUAGACGUCAUUUCACCCCGAUGAUACCAUGGAAGAGGAGAUGCUUGAAUCUAGAAGUCUAGAAGUAGAUUUCCUUCUCUGGAAGGACACAAUCUACUGCUUAUACGGUUAGCCUCUGUGGCUAGAGACAACUCGUUAUUGUGUGAUUGCACAUGAAUCUGCGGGUUCUUGUUAGUUCUCGUGAUUUCUGCUGUCUGUAAGCUGCCAUGAAAUUCGCCUCGCUUAACGAAUCUGGUAGGAAUUAGUGUACGGCGAAAAUUGUUCCGGAUCGCCGUUCCGGUUCGGAGCUGUUCUGGAUGCGGUGGUAAUCUCGGGUCAGUGUCAUCACUUUAUACAAAGCAGUAAUGUCUAUAAAACAAACCUGUUCUAACACUACACUCUCUGUGUAGUGUGUGCUGAAAGAUAGAUAGAUGGGUUAAUCAGACUAAAACUGUUUUUAUACCAGGCUGCAAACAUAUUAAAUUUGACUGUGAAGAUGGGCUUUUUAGAAUGAGUGUGUAUGUGGAUUGCUUGGCUUUUGUGGAUAGCCUAUAGUGGGCAAUUGAGGAACUGCUGAUUUUGGAUUUCUUUCUCAAAAACAGAGCAUGCUGCUUGAUUUUAACUCAUGUCACAGCUUUAACAUAGAGGAGGUGGACUUAAUGACUCCACCGACUGGGCCAGCCAAUAGGGGGAGCUCUAAAUAUUGUGGCAUCACUUUCAGGGUGAACCUAUGGUCUAUAUGUUUUUGAAUUUUUUUAGUAAAAUGCUUUUGCAUCUAAUAAAAACUUUUUUUAUAAAAUGUUUUUCCAUUUUUUAAAAACUUUUGUGCUUCAAAUAUUUUGCUUUUAGCAAUUUCUUUUUAUUUCAUGAAAAUUUUUGCCUUGUUGAAAAAGAUUUUUCCUCUUGUGAAAUAUUGUAUUAGAGAAAUGAGUUUUUAGAAACAUUAAGUGUGUUUUGAGUAAUGUUUCUUUUAUUUCCUGAAACAUUUUUGUGAUGUUUUUGUGGUUUUAAAUGAUUGAUGUUUUAUGGUGUUUGAUGUGUUUUGUAGUUAUGAAGUGUUUGUGUGGUUGGCUUGAAAGGACACUGCAUUCCUUGUCUUUUGGAGACUGCCCCUAGUGGACACUUGAAGUUUAAGAUUUUCAUCUUACAGGUCCUACUGAACUGAGUCACUUUACAGGUUUUAUAGAAAAUCCUUUAAACAGAACAUUUCAACAUUUCUUUACUCAAACAGUUCAUCUAAAGAGGCAGAGCAGAUUAAUCACUCAUGAAACUAAAGCCUUGUCGACAAAAGAUUGAACCCUUGGCUGCGUUUACAGAAAUGUGUCUGUGUGUGUGUAAACAUGGAUGCAGAGUUAUAAAUGAAGUCUGCGUCCAUGGCUGAUGGGAAUGUGUGUGAUCUGGUUCUAUUCUGGGCUCGGUGCUUCCUGAUUUACUCCAACUCUCAAGAUAAUCCUUUAAGCAGCUUGUUAACUCUGACAGUGUGGUCCCUCCUUUAAUGUAAGCCCUCUGACUCAGCCUCUGUUCACACCUCUCCUCUGCUCUAUUCAUACCUGCUAAUGUGAUUAAAAGCAGCAUUACAUAUUGGGCCUGUGCCAUAAUGAAGUUUUUAGGGUCAGGGUUAGGGUUUAGGGUUAAAAUCACUGUCCAGGACCUAUUUAGGAGCACCAUUGAGACCAUUUGUUUAAACAAACAAAAAAAAAUAAAAAAUAAAAAAGUAGGAAAAAUGUCGAAAUUUUUCUAAGUGUGAGGGUUAUGUUAAUUAGGGUAAGGGUCAGGGGUUAGGGGGUUAGGUGUAGUAAAGUAUUAGUUAAGGUAUAGUUAAGUAGAGUAUAGUAAAAAUGUCAUACUAUACUGUGAUGUCAUAUUAUAGUAUGAUACAAAUAUCAUAGUAUAGUAUGACAAAAAUGUCAUAGCGUAGUAUGAUAAAUGUUUCAAAUUUAAAUAUGUAAAAUAGGUCAUAGCAUAGUAUGAUAAAAAUGUCAUAGUAUAGUAUGAUAAAAAAUGUCAAAGUAUAUUAUAAUAAAAAUUCACAUUGUAGUAUGAAAAAAUGUGAUAGUACAGUAGAAAAAAAUGUCAUUGUGUAGUAUGAUAAAAAUUUCAAAUUUUAGUAUGAUUAAAUGUCUUAGUAUAGUAUGGUAAAAAAAAAUUAUAGUAUAGUAUGAUAAAAAUAAAGUAUUAAAAAAGGUCAUAGUAUUGUAUGAAAAAAAACUGUCAUAGUUUAGUAUGAUAAAAAAUGUCAGUAUUGCAUGAUAAAAAAAUUACAUUAAAGUAUGAUAUGGUAUAGUAUGAUAAAAAUUUCACAAUUUAGUAUGAAUAAAAUGUCUAAAUAAAGUAUGAUAAAAAUAUGUCAUAGUAUAGUAUGAUAAAAAUAAAGUAUUAAAAAAAGGUCAUAGUAUUGUAUGAAAAAAAGGCCUUGUUUAGUAUGUUAAGAAAUGUCACAAUGUAGUAUGACAAAAAAUAUCCUAAUAUAGUUUUUGUUUGUAAAAAAUGUUAAAGUAUAGAACGUUAUAAAAUGCCACAGUAACGAUGAUAAAAAUGUCAUACAAAAAGAUUAUAAAAAAUUUCAAAUUCUAGUAUGAAAAAAAUGUAAUAGUAUAGAUGAUAAAACUUCACAUUAUAGUAUGAAAAAAAUUCAUAGUACAGUGUGAUAAUAAUUUCAUAUUUCAGUAAAAAAAAAGUCAUAGUUUAGUAAAAUAUCACAGUAUAGUAUGUUUUGAGUAAAAAUUUCUAAUUUGAGUAUGAAAAAAUGGCAAAUUACAGUAUAAAAAAAUAUCAUAGUAUAGUUUGAUAAAAAAUAUCAUUGUAGAGUAUGAUAAAAAUUCCACAAUUAAGUAUGAAUAAAAAGUCAUAGUAUAGUAUGUUAAAAAAUGUAAUAUUAUAGUAUGAUAGAAUAGAAUAGAAUAGAAUAGAAUAGUCUUUUAUUAUCAUUGUUACCAGUACAACGAAAUUAAAAAAGUGCCAAACAGUCAGUGCAUCAUUAAAAACAACUACAGUAAUAAAUAGCAGUACUAAAUAAAUAAAUAAAUACUAAGUCACACAUAACCUUCCUUAAUGCAUUGAGGGUAGUUAUUGCUGUUGGAUAAAAAAUUUUAGUUUGCAAAAAAAUAAUGUUAUAGUAUGUUAUAAAAUGCAAUAGUAUAGUAUUAUAAAAAUGUCAUAUUAAAGUAUGAUAAAAAUUUCAAAUUUAAGUGAAAAAAAAGUCAUGGUAUAGAUUAUAAAACUUAACAUUUUAGUAUGAAAAAAUGUCAUAGUACAGUAGGAUAAUAAUCUCUUAUUUUAGUUGGUUAAGAAAGGUAAUAGUAUAGUAAAAUAAAAUUUCACAUUAAAAAUAUAAUAAGUGUCAUAGUAUAGUAUAAUAAAAAUGUCAUUAAAUAGUAUGAUAAAAAUGAUAAAUUUGAGAAGGAAAAAAGUCGUAGUUGAGUAUUAAAAAUGUCAUAGUAUAGUAGGAUAACAAUUAAAUAUUUAAGUAUGAAAAAAAGUCAUGGUAUCGUAUGAUAGAAAAUGUAAUAAUACGAAGAAUGUCAUGGUAAAGUAUGAUAAAAAUUUUAAAUUUAAGUAUGAAAAAAUGGUCAUAGUAUAGUAUGAUAAAAAUGCCAAAGUUUAGUAUGAUAAAAUUUCACAUUUCAGUAGAAAAAAAUAUCAUAGUAUAGUGAGACAAAGAAUCAUUGAAAAAUGUGAUAAAAGGGUCUUUUCAGAAGUUGUCUGGAUGUUGGCAAAAUGGUUAGCACUGGCAGACAACAACCUGAAUGUCUUGGGUUUGAAUCCUCAUAAGGUACACAAUGAUAAAAAUAAUGUAUGAAAAAAAAGGAGAUAUUUUAGUAUGAUAUUAAUCUCACAGUCAACAACUAUAAAUAUUUUAAAAUAUAGUAUAAAAAUCCAUAGUAUUGCAUAACAAAAGUUUGAAAUUUUAGCAUGGAAAAAAUGUCGUAGUAAAGUAUGAUAAAAAAUGUAAUAGUAUAGUAUAAUAAAAAAUGUCAGUAUAGUAUGAUAAAGUUUCGAAUUUGAGUUUGAAAAAAAUGUCAUAAUGUCAUAUGUCAUAGUUGAAUAUGAUAAAAAUUUUAAAUUUUAGUAUGAUAAAAAAUAUCAUAGUAAAGUAUGAUAAAAGGUCGUAGUGUUAUAUGAUAAACAUGUCAUAGUAUAGUGUGAUAAAAAUGUCAAAUUUUAGUAUGAAAAAUAUGUCAAAGUAAAGUAUGAUAAAAUUUCACAUAUUUGAAAAAAUAUCAAAGUAUGAUAAGAUCAAAAUGUCAUAGCAUAGUAUGAUAAAAUUUCACAUUUUAAACACAGAAAAUGAGACAGUAAAAACAUUAGAGUAAAAUUUACACUGAGUGGAGACAGACACUGAACCUGAGACUCAGCUUUCACAGUGACAUCUGAAUUAGGGUUCUGCACAGACACAUUCAACAAAACUGUGACUAAGCAGAGAUGGAUUUACAGGCUGCUGGAACAGAGAACCAGUGGAUGAUGCCCAGCAGGGAAAUCCUGGUUUUGAUCCAACUAACAGGUCAGCAGACUGAUCCCUGGCCAACUUCAUGAAGCAGCAGGAGAGUUGGUCCAGACGCGCCCGGGAGGGUGAGGGGGAGGAGGAGGAGGAGGAGGAGGAGGGAUUAACCUAGCUGUGUGGGAGUUCAGGUGAUUUCUUGGACUUGAAUCCACUUAGAUAAAUACUUAAAUAAAGACACUAUACACACAUUACUUAAACCCAUUCGUGGCUAAUAACAGCAGCUUCAUCAGAUGAGCAUUCGUCCAUAUUUUCAGUUAUGUAAAGCCGACCCGGGACACGUCAUCCUCUCCUGUUUUACCUGCAGAGAUCAUCUCCUUAUUUAACUCCAUUAUGGCUGAACUGGACUUACCCCACUUGUCAGGUCCUCCAGUGAGGAGAAGGCUACAUAACACUCCACCAAACCUCCACCUUCAGUAAAAACCUGCUCGUGUUACACAGGAAGGCCUUUUUAUUUUUAUUAGCCUGUUUUUUUUUUCUGCUAACAGCUCAGUGGGAUUUCUGCAGCUUGCAAAAUUUCAGAGCAGAAGUUGGCACACUUCAAACGGCGUCCGGAAACAGGAGCGUGUUUCAUUCUGUGUGCUGCAGGUUUCUGUCAGCGGCCAGCAGGAGAGGAGAGAUACAUGAUGUUUCUCUGGCUCUAACAGGAUAGUUUGAGUAAAAUGCCCUUUUUUAGGGUUUUAGGAGCUGCUGAAGGAGAAAACAGACAUAGUUCUCAGUGAUAAAAAUGUGUUAAACAAAUAGAUUAAUCUCAGCUUCCUUCAUGAAAACUGAUUUUUGAUAAUGAAAAAAAAAAAAAAAUGUCUGAACAAUAUCUAAAGGCUUAGGAGCAACAUCUGCUGCCAUCCAGACAAAGACUUUCUCAGGGAAGACCUUCAUAUGAUCCAAAACCACAUUCUGACAACAGGGAUUACAACAGAAUGACUCUGAAGAUGAAGAGUCCUGCCUUCAGGAGACCCUGAAUUGUUGAAUCUGGGUUGAACAAAGCUGUGGUUCAUUUGCAAACAUGAUUUAACCUUUAAAACAUGAAAGGCCUCGAGACAAUGAGAUGCUGUUAAAGAUUAAACCAAUUACUCCUGGUAGUUUUGACCUCUGACCUCCUGUAAACAUCAGUCAGCACUUCAGCCUCUUGUUAAGUCUCAGGUUUCCUGUAAGUUCCCAGUUUGACCAAAGACACAUUUUCCUCUCAAAGCUGUUAUUUGAAUAAGAGUUUUAGCCCUGGAGAAGAAAAAACACAGAGCUUUUAUUUUACUAAACAAGCAAAAGUUGAGUCAAACUUUUCAGAGCUGAGACUAAAACUUCAAACAUGGAUCAUCGCUGUGACGGAGCAGCUUCACUCUGGACAGUUCUCCUCUGAUGUGAGUGUAUAUACUAUGUAAUCCUGUUUUAUUUAACCAAUAUGACGUGGCUGUAAUGUUAAUAGUUUUUAUCUAGCCGGGAAGGAAAAAAAACACUUUCUACCUUGUUUUUAUGCAGAAAUCUCUUUUUUUGCAACUUAGGGUUCAUCGUCGGUUUUAUUUGCUGGUUUUUGUCUCGUCACCUGCAGCGGUUGUGAACAGAAGAAGCUCUCUCUGUUGGUGUUUAAGCUUAUUUGAGAUGCUUUGAGCAGUUCCUCUUUCACGCUGCAUAAAGUCCUGUUUACUUCUCUUAUUUUAAUGAAUUUGUUGUGAAGUACUUCCUCACUCUGGUUUUGAUGGUCGUCUCACACAAACUUGUGCCAAACUGUUGUCGUUUUACGCCCUCUUCCGGAGCUUCAGCCUUGCCUUUGCAGAAGUAUCACCAGUAUGAGACAAUUAAAGGUGGAUAAAUCUCCACAACAGAUGCAGCAGAGCUUCAAGAUAGUGCAUUCAUAAAUAAGGAGAACCUAGAUCGUUAUCUAGAGCCUUGCGUUGGAGUUGAGUAGGGGGUGUCUGCAGCACCGGAGAGCCAAACAGAUCCACAACCAUGACAGAUCCACAACCUUCUUUUUAACCGCUGCUCCUUUUUUGAAAGUUAUCGGCUCGAACAUAGAGGCUCGAAAAGAGUGAUGUCGUGAUCAAGUAUCAAACGUGAAUCAUAUAAUAUUUUAGUCCUUAAUAAAGCUAUUGUCUUGAAUUUAAAAUAAAUGUCAUUGUGACAGGCUUCGUUUAUAACAUUUUUUCCCUAUCCAUCUUCCAUGAUUGACUGAAAUGCAUAUCAAAUCUCGGUCAAGCUAAUGCUGCUUUUAUUCGGACAAGGCAAACGCUAAAAUAACUUUCGUAGAUGUAGCCAUCUUGUUUCCGCCUCUGAUUUUGCUUUUUUCUGACUUGGUAACUGAAAUGCUGGGAACUCGGGUGUGACGAUAUUUUCAGCUAGGACUUCUGACUUCCAAGGUAGCUUGUUGGAAGUCAGAAAUGUACUAUUUGACCCAUAGGCUACUAGCAUUGUAGUGAAUGAAAUAGAAGUGUUGUGACUGAUAAUGUGCAUGAGAUUGCACAUGAAAAUAUACAAAAUAUCACAUUCAUCCAGCUCUGCAGACACAUACUAUUGCAUUCAGGGGGUCAAAAUUAUCGCUGAAGAAUGAAGAGUAUAAAAGCGAGGCCAAACCCUAUGAUAAUGGGAUAAUAUAAGUUGAUAUUUGGUAGAAUAAACCUGAAAUAUUAUAGGUAGGCAGACUAUACAUAAAAAAAAAUGAUAAGUAAAAAAAUCAUAAAAUAAUAAAAUCUAGAUUAAUAUCUAAAUAUGUGACUGUUGGCACUUAUUUAUUUAUAAAUUUCAAAUCCUUAAAAGGAAAUGGGCUGAGCCCCAAGAACUGAACCCUUUUUCACAAAUUUCAAAGACUUUUUAUUUUGAGUCAAUAAUAAUAUGUGACUGUGAUCACUUAUUUAUUUAUUAACCUGUUUAUUAAAUUACAUUUCUGGGCACAAAAAGGGAUGUGGAAAAAAAGAGGGCUGGAUCUGUCACGGUUGUGGAUCUGCUUGGCUCUCUGGCUCUGCAGACACGUACAUUUUUUUAAUUCCUCCUUGAUCUGUUGGUAAUCCCUCGAGGCUCCAGUAGGGGGAGCACGCUCUGCUUUAUCUCUCAAUAUAGACUAGUGAUGGAAAGAGCGACAUAUGUGUGGUUUUCCUCAUUCUCUUAUCAAACCUGUUUCCCCUAUUUAGGGUAAUUAUUUUAGAGUUAAGAAAACACAUUAGUAAUAAUUUUCCUUCAGUUAUUGGGAUGUUGUUUCAAAGAAAUGUGAGUUUUGUACGUGUUGAAAGAGUUUGGGCUAAUCCUGACAAUGUCUAAGCUAGCGCAGUCAUGGUUAUGUUUGUAAUAGAAAGUGAACGUGAUAAUUUUUGCUCUCACGCAGUUCAUAUGACAGUUGUAAUAAGUUAAUAAAUCAGUAAUAAGUUUAGAGGUUAAAAUGCAAUAAUUAAUUUGUGUGUUCAGUUAUAAUUUAAUUAAAAAGACAUAUAUGUAACAGUACUGCUGGUCCAGAAACUGAAUGUGCUUGUGAAUAUAUUAAUAUUGCUGUUCCGCUGUCAUUGCAAAAUAACUCAAUGUGGACAGUGAUGGAAAGAGUUUGUGGUUUUCCUCAUUCUCAUAUCACCACCAUUUCCCCUUUUGGAGGGUAUAACAUGUAAGCUGUAAAAGUGCAGUCCAUGCAUGAGUUUCAGUGAAUUCACAUAUUUCAAAUUAAGUCUGAAUAACAUUUACACAGUUAUGAACUGUUGACAUAGUGAACAAAAGUAAUUAUUUAUAUAUUCACAAUGUUAAAAAAACUUUCUCUUUUCUUCUUUCUAAAUGUUUCUCUGUGGUUUUUUUGACCUGCUUGGUCAUCUCAGCCUCUGAUUGGAUAGGUCAGUGACAUGUGAUUAAGCAACAGAGAAGUGCUGUUGUUGUGGUUUUAGUGUGGCUUCUGUAAAGUGCAUGUGAAGCCCUCAUGUUACGAGAUCAUAGGACACAUUUCAGACUCUAAUUCUUGACGUAAGCCGGGAAGGUGUCGCUCCGUCCUGUGCUUUUUGAUGUGGAGACUUUAUGGUCUCUGUUGUCAGCCAGCAUUUUGUUAACUUGUGUUUUUUUUCAUAGUUGAUUGCAAAAACUGCGCAUGCUAUGUUUGACAAAAGGGGUUCAGUUUGAACCGGUCUGGUGGCCUGAGUUUCAUGCAUUCGAUUUGUCUUGCACACUACUGAAAUAUCGGCAAAACUUCUAGUAGGAUCUGAUGCAAGAAGUUGCAAGACAAUGGGAAAAGACAACCCAAUCAGAUGACCUGCAACAUUCAGACAUCCUCGACAACAAAGAGAAAAACAACGAGAGCUGCUCAGCCGCAAACUGAGGUAUUUCCUCUGAGGUCAUCUGUGUGGCCGAGUGAGAGAAUAGAUAUAGUCCUGGUGGAAAUGUUCUGCACAGGUAGAAAGAGUGUAUAUACCGUGCAGGAAGACAAACAUUGUCCUGGUGGUAUAUAUGUUUCAGUGUAUGAAGCGAGAUGUGUUGCACGGCCAAAUAAAUGUAGAUAAAAGGGUACGGGGGCUGUGUGUGAGGAUGGUGACUCAUAACAUAACUCUGCUUAUUGUUUCAUUGUUUCUGCACUCUGCACAGCCCAACACAUCUAGUCCUGGGAGGUUUGAUAUUGACGAUGUUUGGUGAUAGGAAGGGCUGGGAGAUAUGGGAAAAACUUUAUCAAGAUAUAUUUUUUUCAUAUCAAUCAAUAUCUAUAUAAUCAUAGUAUAGAAAAUGAAAUUUAACAGUGCUUAUUGGUAGCAUGUCUUUUGUGAUACAAUAAGCUACUGCAUCUGUGAGGUCUUUGUGUCUCUUUGACGUUUUUUCUCUAGGCGUUGCACUAGAGAAAGUGGACUGAAUGGUCGGCUAUUUCGGCUGCACAGGCGCCAUGGGCUCCUUGCUCCACUCGGGGUUUGCAACCUUUUGCAUUGCGCGUGCUCUGCCGCGUGGCACUGCUUCAGGUGGUGAAAAAGAUUUGAGGUAUUCCCCGACUUUAUGAGAACAUGUACUUGACAUAAUUUGCAGUUCACAUUACUCUGCUUCAUGUCCGACCUCAAAAAAACAAAAUACCUCCACACCACCGACGUUUUCGUGCCAGUGUUGUUGACGAUGUCGUCAUCUGUUGAGCCUUCAUCGUCAUUUCUGUCGGGGGUAGCACUCAUUUUCUUUUUUUCUCACCAACAGUGCUGUCGGCUUCACUUGUUAAAGUGCUAUGGUUACGUGUAGCUGCUGUCUGCUACGACGCAGUUGUUUGCUCCUUUUUUCAAAUUCAGCACAUGAUUGGUUCAGCCCGAAGUGAACCUGAAACAACUCCCCUUUUCAUUGGCUAUUCGUAUAGUCUACCACAACAUAGCAGAAUGCCAACGUUCAAAAAGAAUAUAGACCGUAUCUUAUUACCUCCGCCAAGGAGGUUAUGUUUUCGGUAGUGUUGGUUUGUUUGUUUGUUUGUUUGUUUGUCUGUGAACAACUUGACGGAGAAAGUUGAGGGUUAAUUUAUUCUGUCUCCCUAAGGAGACAUUUGUCUUGGACAUAUGGGUAGGCAGCAUACAUAUAAUACAGUACAUACAGUACAAUACAAUACAGCACAGGACAACAGAAGCAAUAACAAUAUAGUAAAGUGCACACUGACGCAAAAAAGCUCAAGUAAACCUCUAGAUCACCCUCCAAUAUAAUAAAUAGUAACAACCCCCACUGCAUUCCUAGUGCAUCAGGAAACACCCACCCAUAAUCUUCCCUGCCAUUUUGACAAGUCUAAAUAUUUCGGAUUUAUAUUUCACAGACAGAUUUCCAAACCAACUGAUGAUACCUUUGCACAUAUAUUUGUCACAUGAGUGUGCCAGUUAACCCAUUAUCAAUAUGUACUCUAAGAUAUUUAUAGGAGAUGACUUGCUCUAUAUCAUGACCAUGUAUGGAGAUCAUAGUAUGAUCACCUAAAGACCUGGGAUCCACAACCAUCUCCUGGGUUUUCCUCUCAUUAAUUUGUAGGUGAUGUUCAUCACACCAACCUACAACUGUAACCUAAAGUUAUAGACGGAUUGACCUGAAAUUUUCACCAGAGGUGCGUCUCAGCCACAGGACGAUCCCAUUAAAUUUUGGUGGUGAUCCGGAUCGCCUUCUGGAGCCAGGAAUUUGAAGGAUUCUUUAUCAUUGUGAGAUUUUGGAAUUUUUGCAUUUAACUCUAUAAAAAUGGCCAGAGUCUUUAGUAAAAAAUUACACAAAAGGAUCUCAAUGAGUUUUAUGAGAUGUCAAAGGUUGAUCCUGAUCCAGACAAAAUUCCGGAUACUGUGAUCCAGAACACACAAAAAUAAGGAUAUCGUUGGAAUUUUCAAUGCUGAAGGAUAACCAAUGGACGGUACAGUGGUGUAGUGGUUAGCACUGUCGCCUCACAGCGAGAAGGUCCUGGGUUCAAUUCCGGGUCAGGGCAUUUCUUGUUUUAUGAACCGUGAACAUUCCAGUUUAAACAUAAAUAAAAGUUAAUAAAAGACACGUAACACUAAAAGUUUUAUUUUUGUGUGUUCUGGAUCACAGUAUCGGGAAUUUUUUUCUGGAUCAGGAUCAUUGAGAUCCUUUUGUGUAAUUUUUUACUAAAGACUCUGGCCAUUUUUAUAGAGUUAAAUGCAAAACUUCCAAAAUUUGCCCUAUCUCACAAUGAUAAAGAAUCCUUCAAAAAAUUCCUGGAUCCAGAAGGCAAUCCGGAUCACCACCAAAAUGUAAUGGGAUCCUCUUGGGGCUGAGACGCACCUCUGGGGAAAAUUUCAGGUCAAUCCGUCUGUAACUUUGUCCGAAAGUUGUUCACAGACAAACAAACAAACAAACAAACAAACAAACAAACCAACGCUACCGAAAACAUAACCUCCUUGCUGAAGGUAAUUAAGGGAAAUUAAUUUUGGAUAUAUUGUCAUCGUUUUAUCGCCCAGCCCUAGUGAUAGGAUUCCGUAUCAGUAGACAGAGGUGAAGGAGUAAAGUGAUAUAGCCUCGUGCAACUGCUAUAUACUUGUUUAAAACCCAGAUAUUUUCAUUUUUGAGUCACUCCAGAGUUCCCAAAAUACUGUUAUAAAAACCUACAUGUAAGUUAAUGCAGGUUUUUAAAAGAGGUUUCAGUGAAACAAAGUUAACCAAUUUAACCCUUCUGACUUUCUCUAGAUGCGGCCGUGCAUGUUCUCCCUUUGCUCAAAGUUUACAAAGCUGAUUAUGAACUAAAAUCGGACAAAAUCAGUAUUUGUAUUAAAGAAUAAAUGAUGUUUAAACCAACAUCUCCAGCCCUCCUGUUGCCCUGCUGUCAUAUCUUCAGUAUGGAUCCUCUGAGCUGUAAUCCACGCUGCGCUGCGAGGCCUCUUUUCAUCUCUCACAGCCCAGGUUAUUAUACGACAUCAUAAGAGUAUUGAUCGUAGCCUCUCUUUGUAAGUGGAUCUGUCUGUGUUGACAGGAUGCCGAGGCCUCAGCAGAGCCGCGCUCUGGCUUUCAAAAUGAUAAAUGUUGUGAUAAAUGUUUGAUUAAGUGCUGCUGCCGACAUGCAGACAGCAGGAUACUCUUCUGCAGAGACUCUGAUCACAUUUCUACAUUUUCAUAAACUUUUGGUCUGUGUUUAUUCGUGACAAACUGAAGGGAAGAAUUUUACAUUUUGAGUUUUGUUCCUGUUUGUGUUAAAUAUUUGUUUUCCUCUGGAGUCACUUUGCUCCUCUUUGUCGAGGUUUUGCAUGUCUGUGAAGCUGUUUGCAUCUUCUCUGUCACUCUCAGGUGUUUGUUGUGGUUUUACAUCUUAUCAUGGUGAUUUAAAGUCUCUCUGCUACCUCUCUUGUGGUACAUCUAUAUUCCUCUGGGUCUUUGUGUUGGUCUUUAGUUUUCUGUCUGUUUUUUGUCUUUCUUGGUGAUUUUUUUUCUCUUAUUUAUUUAUCUGGUUUGCAGAGAAAUCCCAAACUGAAUUUUAGUCACUCCAUCUUGCAGUAGCUAGUCAUUAAUUAAAGCGUUGGUGCACCCUGGUGCCCUCAUGUCUGCAAGAAAAGCAGCAGAAGUGCCCUCUUAUCUGCCUUUGCCAUAGAUAAACAGUAUAAACUUCCCUCUGUGGUCCUCUUUCUAUGGAAACUGCAUGAAAACUGAUUACAUUUCUGAUCUUCUAUGAGAUAAAACGAUAAAGAGGUUCCUCUGGAUAUCCCUCCUGUAUAUAAAACUCAGGAAAAUGCUCUUUGAAUGCUUCUCCAAUACAGUGGUUCUCAACUGGUCUCACUCUGGGACCCACAUCUGGGACCCCAUGGUCCUUAAGCCGCAAUCCACAUUUAUAGAAUUCAAACCAAGCAAAUUAAUUUUUUAUUAAAAAAACAGCAACUUAAUAUUUACUUUUUGACCAGCUGUUCGUGACCCAUCCAGAACGUGUCUGUGACUCACUUUUGGGUCGGGACCCACCAGUUGAGAACCAAUAAAAAUAUGAUGUGAUUAAUACUAAUAAUUUUAUGUUUUUCUUUAAAAUUUCCAAAAAUCUUCACCAGCAUUCAGGAGUUUAGAGUUCGAUGUCCUCUCUUAACAUUUGUGUUUCAUUUCUCAUGUUUAAAUGAACCCUCACUGUGGGGACCAGGUCUUUGAAAAACUACUCCAGCUCUGGGACCUCUCGGUUAUUUACUGCAGGGCUGCAGUGUCCGAUUUUUACCAGCCAAACUCUGAUUAUUUCUGACAGAGUGCAGCAGGUUCUGUAAAAAUAAAGAGCAUCAGAACGGACUUUAAACCGCUGUAGAGACAGAUUCAUCAGGAGGUUCCUUUUCCCGGUCUUUGACCUUUCACCCUGACAUAAGUCUGUUGUGUUUUUCCCGCCAUGUGAAACUUUUGAGGCGGACCACAGCAGUUGUCUGUUGUCCAGCUGUUUUGGCGGUAAACCUCCAUGGUCAUGAUCUGUUUUUUGGUAUUCAGGGGAAGGAUGGGAGUUGAUCAGCUGAUCAGUGAUUCUUUUUCGUGCUGACUCAUGCAGGUUCUCAGGUGUAAAACAGCCCCUGACAUCGGAGGCUGUGGGCGGAGGUGAACUGUUCGGACUCCUCCAGACUGACUCAAUAUGAUCUGACAUGUGAAAUCAGGUCAUCUUGGCAACACUUCACGCUCACAUAUGAAACACCACUGCCAUGGGGUUUUACAUACUGCACCGCCUGUAAAAACGCUAAGGUUUUGAAGUAGGAUCUUUUCUGCGUGUUUGUCCUGCUCUCUUUCCCUCCAGGACGAGGUUCUGAUCCAGCCUCUCUGACCCUUUCUCAUGAGCAGUGUUGUGCUAGUUACUGAAAAAUAGUAACUAGUUACAGUUACUAGUUACUUUGUGAAAAAAGGAACUCAGUUAGUAACUCAGUUACUGAAACCAAAAAGUAAUGUGUUAAAUUUUUUUAAUUUAAAAUUUUUAAUCAAUUUUUGUUGUCAGGUCAUUUGUCUAUGAAAAAGUACGAGGGCUAACGUUAGUUGGAUAUUUAAGUUGACCCACCGCACCGGACACAGUACAAUUUGUUUGCUGCUUCAAUUUUUGCAGAAGACAGAAGUAAUUUUUUGUUUCACUUAUCUGAUUCUGGCUGGUUAGCAGAAGACCGGCGAAGCACGUCAAAGACGGGCACUCAGGUUUUUCUCCUCCGUGAAUCCUGAGGUGUUAAAUCAUGUUGGUCAUUCACCCUCCUUUACAUGAUAUAACUGUGUUGCUAAUGUUGUACUGAGAGAAGAGGUCAUUCUUCCUGCUACAGUUACACAAAGGCUUUGGGUUGCAAUGCACUCUCUCUCUUUGUCUCUCUUCUCUCUCUAUGUGGCUUUGUCUCAUACGCUUCAUCCUCGUUGGUUUUCGGCGGCUUCUUCUUUGUUGCUGUUUAGCAGCGUCUUCCUCGUUGGUGGCUAUUUCUUCCGGUUGGCGGACUCCGGCAUUGAAACUUGGAAUUGAAAUUUUUUAAAAUUUAAAUGAUUCUGGGAGACUCGGAAUGUUAGUCCCGGUCCCCAUCGAUGCUCAAGACUCAAUGCAACCCCAACCCUAUUGCUGAAUAAAACUGUUGAUUAAAACAACCAUUUCAAUUCAUUUGCAUAUCAUUUGUUCUGCACCAACACAAACCUUGACACUAACACCAAAAUUUUACCGUUGGACUCUUGGAAUAAUAGCCUGAUUUUGCUAAAAAAAGAUCCAAAUAGACAAUUAAACAUACUGUGCUAUUGUUUUAUCAAGUUGUGCCUGGAUAUGGGUCCGUCUUUUGAACUCCAACCCCUGCUGCUUGGGUGGAGUGGGUGUGUGCUCGCUGCUGUGACUCUCGGUCUCAGAUGCUGCGUUACCUUAUCUGCUAACUUUGUCGAAGCAUGCUGCUCCUCUAGGUGCUUCAGUAGAUUGCUGUUGCUGUUAUUUGCCAGAUUUUUGACCUAGGACACAGUUUACAUGUUACCAAAAUGUUGUUUUUCCCUUUGCUCUCGAGUUGAAAAUAAUGUGAGUUUAUCCAUGAGGAGAAACUUAUCUUCCUUUUCUCGCUCGCCAUCAUGCCAUUCACUGACCUGUCGAGUCCUCUUCAUGGCGCAUAUUUAAUUACGUGUGUGACACUAGAGGAUGAUAAGUGAUUUGUUUUUCCAAUUCAAUUAAACUUUAUUGAUCUUUAAAAUGUUAUGGGAACUAUGUGUCGUUGUAAAACCUCACCAAAAGGAACAGAGUAACACAGCGUUUGGUAACGGAAAAAGGGAUACUGAAUUAAAGCGUUACAUUAUUAGUUACUGAAUAAAGUAACGGCGUUACUAAUAACACAUUACUACCCAACACUGCUCGUGAUCCUGCUGUUAUUGGCUGUAAAUGAUGCAGAAAGUUCUGGGUGGUUCCUCUAGUGCACCUUUAUCAGAAAAGGAGGUGGUGUGAUCUUUGGUGGUGUCUGGUGAGAAUCGAGUUUUCGUGUCAAUGUAGAGGCAAAGAGAUAUACGAUAGUGAGAAAAAAAAAAGAUUACAACACUCUGAUGGGAGGAAGCUACUCUAGUGUAAUUUCCUGUCAGCGGUCACCCCUGGGACGGUUACUGAGCUGUAUUAGACACUUCAGUCAGAGGUAGCAGAGAAAGGAGAAGUGUAGCGCUUUCACUUCUCCUCAUCAUGUCGGUGAGUUCGAUUGGAGCGUGCGGCUUCUGUGGCGCCUUCAGGUCAGUAAUGACUCCAUCCUUCUCUCUCCUGACAGGGUAUGGGUGCUCCCUGCUCCUCCGGGGUCACUCCUGAGAGGUCCGUUCCCAGCUCAGGGAUGUACAAGCUGGAGGUCGAGCUGAAGAGAGGGACCAAUCUGGCCGUCAGAGACAGAGGAGGUACUUUCAGUCUCUCUUUGUGGGUCUUUUGAUCCCUCUGUCAGUUUUCUCCUAUCAUUCUUCAUUUUGAUGUUGUAAAAAUACUUUCAGCCCACGAAUAGAAAACAUUUUCAUUUUAAUGUCUUUAGGCACAAGUGAUCCGUAUGUGAAGUUCAAGCUGGCAGGUAAAGAGGUGUUCAGGAGUAAAAUCAUCCACAAAAACCUGAACCCGGUGUGGGAGGAGAAGACCACGCUGAUCCUGGACAGUCUGAGUGAACCUCUCUACGUGAAGGUAAAGACUCUCCCAUACACACACACACACACACACACACACACACACACACACUGACAUGUUCAGAGCAUUUUCUUUUCCACAUGAAUCAUUGAUGAUCACGAGAGUCAGCGAAGAUUUCUCUGCAGGUGUUCGACUACGACUUCGGCCUCCAGGAUGACUUCAUGGGAUCUGCUCACCUUUACCUGGAGUCUCUGGAGCAGCAGAGGUAUGUCAGUUUGAUAUGACUAAAACCAGGUCUCAGGAUGACUUCAGGGUCCCCCCUUUUAAAGAUCCUGUAGCUCAUAAACAGCUGAUGAUCUGAAGUUGCCCAGGUUUUCACAAUUAGACAGAGAUUAAAACACAGAAAAACUCAGUAAGCAAACAAACAUUUAAAGCUACAGAUGGUGUUUGUAGUGCAGAAUGUUAUCUAUAAGAAUGAGAAUGAAUGAAUGGGUUAUUAAAAGAAGAAAGAAAUCAAAUGUCAUAUAGAUGAACGGAUGAAUAAAAGGUUGGAUAGAUGGAUUGUUCCUUAAAGGUGGGGUAGGCAGGAUUCUGUUAAGAAGCAUUGUUUUUUGUGGUGUAUUAACAAAAAAGCUUUUAACAUCAGUCAAUAGUUAUUAGUUACUGACGACAUUUGGUAAUAUAUCAGUAUAUCAAUACAAAUUUCAGAGUGCUCCGCUCUUUCUGACUUUAAACAAAGCUUUUCUCCACCUCCUCGACCUGAUUGGUUGUGAGGCACGCUCUAUGUCCUCGCAAUAUUGUCUGAAUCCUCCUUUGGCCACAACUGCCAACUCAAGCAAGAGCUAAAGGUGCUAAAAAGGAGGUAGACCAGACAAGAGCUAGAAAGCCGAGUCAACAUCAGCAUAAACGACCCUGUAACCUUUCUGCUGGACAGGUAAACCGCUUCAACAAAGUAAGCCAAGUGUCUGUAACAGAAGUGUUUCUUGUCAAACAGGACCUGCUGUAGCGUGUUGUAGCGCCGCUAAACUGUUGACCUCGGGUCCUGGACUAUGUCACUUUAUCCUAGUUGUAGAAGUCCUGCAAACAUUGGGUUUGCUGGUAGUCUGUUGGCAUCUACAGUAGCACCAAUGCUUUUUACUUUCACAUUGACUGGGUCCCAUUUGUAAUUAUCUGUAUUAUAUCUGAGUUUAAUUGGAACGAUACGAGCGAGCAGGAGCGUCUGUUUGUGGGCGGGGCUUGCUGGAGCAGAGAGGGAGGGGAGAGGAGGAGCUGAGGGGAAAACUGGUUGGUAGGGGUAGAGUUUACAUUUAAGAUUUCUCCCUAAAACUGGUGCUUCCUCAGAUCCUGACUACACCACUUUUAAAUUGAUGGAUUUAUAGAUGUGAAGAAAUAAAUGGAUAGAUGGAUGGAUUUGACAGAAACGGAUGCUUGUACGGACAGAUGAAGGAAUGAAUGACCAGAUAGAUGUAUACAUGGAUAAAAGGAUUGAUGGAUGGAUUAUUUGAAAGGAUGCUUUCGUUAAUGGAUAUUUGCUUAAAAAGAAAGAUGGAUUGAUGGACAGAUUAAUUCAUGGAUAGAUGUUAAGUGAUAAAUGGAAACAUGAGAGGUUGGAGGGAUGGAAAGUCCUUGAAGACAUAAAUGGAUAAACAAAUAAAUAGAUGGAUGGAGGAAUUAUAGGUGGGGUAGUCAGGAUCUGAGGAAGUGUCAGUUUUUAGGAGAAAUCUUGAAUGUAAACUCUACCCCUCCCAACCAGUUUUCCCCUCAGCUCCUCCUCUCCCCUCCCGCUCUGCUCCAGCAAGCCCCGCCCACAAACAGACGCUAAUAACUAAUAACUAUUGACUGAUAUUAAAAGCUUUUUUGUGUAAACACCACAAAAAAAUAUGGUUUUUAAACAGAUUCCUGCCUACCUCACCUUUAAUGACUUAAGGUUGAUAUUACUGAUUUUAUUUUAGAGAAGAGAAGUUUUUUUUUUUUUCAGUUUUGACGUCAAACUAAUAAAUCCUGAUUUCCUGCUGCAGUCGUUUAAUCGAACCAACGCUUGUCUCAAACUCUGGGGAGGAGAAGGUCAUAGAGCAACAGAGCGUGUGUGAAGUCUGAGCUUCUCUGCUGAUAGGGACGGAGACGCAGACACGGGUUUAAACAGAGAAGACAGAACUUCCUGUGGUUGUCGAUUGUCUGUUCAGACUUAUUCAGCACGUCUUUGUGGUUAUUUCUCAACUUAUUUUUCCCUUUAAGUCAAAUCAGACAACAGAUGUGAAGACUUAAAAGAGUUGCCGCCUUGUUGUUUUCUUUUCUCCGAUCAUGCAUAUCCUGUGUUUCUGUACUUUUCAUACUUUUACCUCUGUAUUUAUCAAGGUCAUUGUUUUGAAUUAAUACAUAUUCAUACUCCUGGAAAAGCAGGCUCUGCAGUCAGGAUUAAGUUUAUUUCCAGAUUUCGAGCAGAGGGUUUUUGGUCUUUUGCUGUAAUUGAACAAAUAACAAAAACGAAGAGCAGGAAACUAGUGUUCACAGAGAGUUUUUCCAGUUCGAACGUGUAUCUGAGGAAAGCGUCUGAAGAUUACAGUUGUAGUUUGUUACUCUGAACCACAAAACUCACUCACCACAUCAGUCAUUUGUGAUUAAAUAAACCAGAUCAUCGUCUUUUCUCAAACUUUUUGUUUGAACCCUUUUCAGGAUGAUCCCGGUGACUCUAGUCCUGAAGGAUCCUCACCAUCCUGAUCAGGAUCUGGGUUCUCUGGAGCUGGCUGUGACCCUGACCCCCAAAGACAGUCCUUUAGAGGAGCGACGGGACUCUACGGUAGGUUUGCAGCUUUGCUUUCCUUUGCCUUUUCAACUCAAGAUGUUGAGGUUUUUUUUUUCACUCGAAUAAACAAAAUUAAAUAAAAAAGUUAAAAGUGUUGAAGUUAAAUCUCGUUUGUUUGGAUCUGUAACCUGCGAACUUAACCUCUCAUCAGUUCUUGGAUAACUUUGAAUAUUCUUCUGUUUCAGUGACUGAGAGGAUGAUUUUAAAUUACCAGGUUUCAUCAGAUAAAAUCUAAAAGUGAAAAUCUGACAGACUUUCAUGUUUAUGCUGUCCAGGAUUAUUCAAAUGUAACUGAACUUCCAUGUUGAUUUUGUUUUUUCCUUCCACUAGAAGAAUUAAAGUGUAAAUACCUGAUUUAACUGGUAGAUAUAUGGGGCUGCUGGUGAAAAUUUUCACUCUUAUUUUCUACACUAAUGGUUUGAAAACAACAGUGGUUGAGUCCCCCCCCAGUUAAACUCUGUGUUUGUGCUGGGUUUGUGUUUUUUUCCUGCAGCAGUCAGUGGUUAGGACGUAUCGCUGGAAGCCGUAUGUGAAUAAAGUGAGUUUAGAGGCGAUCGCUUCCUGCAGCUCCACCCUGAUGAAUUCCUCCCAGUUUAAUGAGCGGGGGUUUCCAGUAGCUGUAGUUUUCCCUUUACUCUAACAUCCGUACUAAAACUGCAGUUUUUUAGUUCUUUUUAAAUUCUAAUGCCUCUGUAAUCCCAGUUUGUAGUUUUUGUUCUUGUAGUUUUGAGAUUUCAGUUUUUGGUGUCUUUGGCUUUGUUUUCCUCCGAGCACUUAUUGGAUCCUUUUGUAAAUUUGUUUAAUGUAAAAUAUCAGACAAAUUCUGAGUCGUUCACAGUUUUAAACUAUUAUUAAAUUACUAUAAAAUGAGCUGUAUCCAAGAAUUCCACUUUUACACAUGCACAAGACCCUCAAAAUCUUCCUGAAAUGUUCUAAGCAGGCAACAUGUGGGCACCUAAGUCAAAAGUAUCUACCUGAAACCUGUUUGUACUUUCCUUUGUGGUAAAAAUUUCAUAUGGAUCCAGGGUGAUCUGAUGUGAGCAUGCAGCAAGAACAACCAAAAAAUUUACAGGAGGUGACAUGUGUGAACACUGAACUCAGGAACAUAUCUGGGACAAAGGUCCUGAAAUUUUCCUGAAUUUUCCAGAGUGCAUAUGUAAAAACCACCUUUAAAAAAAACUUACAGUAAUGCUUUACUUUUUUUUAUAAGCGUUAAUAUUAAACCAUCCUGCUUUCACACCCUUCACCAUGAUUUUUUUUUUCAAAAAGGCAAAAUUAUCUACCUGAAACUUGUUUGAAUUUUUUCUCAGUAGCUCUCUGGUAAAAAUCCCAUGUGGAUCCAGGGUGAGCUGAUGAGACCAUGUAGCAAGAACAACCAUAAAAAUAACAGGGAAAUCUUGAUGCUGUGAGGGGACAUGUGUAAACACUUAAAUCUGUAAAUUUGGAGGGAAAAGCUCCUGAAAUUUUCCUGAAUUUUCCAGUGUGCAUGUGUAAAAAACGCCUAAAUUAAAAUUCACAGUAAUGCUUUACUUUUUAUUGAGCUUUACUAUUAAACUAUACUGCAUUCACACCCUUCACCAAAAAAAAAAUCCUUAAACUAUUUUAGACGUGGUAACCUAAGUCAAAAUUAUCUACCUGAAACUUGUUCUGACUUUUCCUGGUAUCUCGCGGGUAAAAAUCCCAUGUGGAUCUAGGGUGAGCUGAUGAGAGCAUGUAGUAAAAACAACCAUAAAAUUAAUAGGGAAAACUUGGUGCUGUGAGGGGACAUGUGCGAACACUUCUGAAAAUUUUUGGGGAAAAGCUUCUGAAAUUACUCAGAAUUUUCCAGAAUGCAUGUGUGAAAACCACCUUAAAUAAAAACUCAUAGUAAUGCUUUACUUUUUAAUAAGCGUUAAUAUUCAACAUAUUGCAUUCACACCCUUCACCAAAAAUCCUGAAAUUUUUCAGAUGUGGGCACCUAUGUCAAAAUAAUCUACCUGAAACUUGUUCGCAUUUUUUCUUAGUAGCUCUGUGGUAAAAAUCCCAUGUGGAUCCAGGGCGAGCUGAUAACCAGGGAAAACUUGGUGCUGUGAGGGGACAUGUGCAAACACUUCUGAAAAUUUUGAGGGAAAAGCUUCUGAAAUUACUCAGAAUUUUCCAGAGUGCAUGUGUGAAAUUUGCCUUAACUGAAAACUUACAGUAAGACGGACAGUAAUACUUUACUAUCCAAUAAGCUUUAAUACUAAAAUAUGCUGCUUUCACACCCUUCACCCAAAAAUAAAUAGAUGAAUAAAUUCUUGAAAUUUUUCAGGUGUGAGAACAGAGGUAAAAAUCAUUCACCUGAAUUAUUUUGGAAUUAUUCCUGUCACUUACCGGCUAAAAUUUUCAUGUGAAUCAAAAAUAAGCUGAUGUGAGAACUCGGCAAAAUUUAGUCUCAAAAGGUCACCGGCGAUAUAAAAAUUUGAAGCUGUGAGGGGACGUGUGUUAACUUUCAACCAGGGAAAAUUUCAGGGACAAAGAUCUUGAAAUUUUCCUGAGAUUUUCAGUCGUGCAUGAGUGAGUAAUGUGCUUACAGUAGUGCAUACGUAUUAGAUAUUUCUGACCUCUUAAAUAUUCUCACUUUUGGCUCUGAAAAACGAGAGCCAAAAACAAACCUUGGUGGUUGUUUGAUGCUCAUUUCCUCACAAAGUGACUCAUAAUUUUCUGUAAAAUUCACAGUUCUGGCCUUUUUUGUUUCUAAAAUUUCUGACCAUAAUGCUCUUUGCUCACCCCGGUCUUUAUCUGGUUAAAAACUGUAAACUCUUUGUUAGCAUUUGAGUAUCAGAAGACAGUUUCUGAAUGCCGCUGCUGCAACAUGGUACAGCCUGUCUCUGCCAUGUUUUAUUCAAUGUAUUUAAAUUAAUCAUUGGUGUAAGUCUCAGCCAGCGCUGGAGCUCCACACAGAGAGGAACAAAUCCAGAAAAAGAUGACAGGAAAAAAAAAGAGAGAGGAAGAAUAAAGUAGUAAAAAAAUCAACAUGCAGCCAAAGACAACAUUCAGGAGGAUAAAGAGACUGAAGAUGGAGAGAGCACCCAGAGAUCAAAGCUAAUGAGAGCAUGAAUAAUCAGCAGCAGAGGGAGUGAUUUCCCCUCUUCGUCUAUUUUCAGAUGCUUUAUUCAUGCAGCUUAAGUGAGGGUGCACACCUCCCCUUCAUAUCUCCUUUUUCUCCCUGUAGUUAGAAACAAACCCGUCCUACAGCGCCCCUUGGUGGCUGCAAUUCCUAUCAUGAUGGUUUUGUUUGUAGUUGAAGUUUUUCAGUCUGCAGGAUUCAGUUGGAAUAAUGUCUCUUAAUGUGUUCAGACUAUGCUGCUCAGGAGAUCCUGGAAACGGUCCACUAAGGUAAAUCUUCAUCCUCCUCAUCAUCCUCAUCAUGGUCUGUCCCACCAGCGAUAUUUUUUUUUCGUAGGAUGGUAGGGGGAGGUCCUGCCUCCUUCGCCUCUGAUUGGCUAGAAAAGCUGGAAACGUCAUCAGACGCUCAAGCCAAAUGCUGGCUGUCGGCUCUGUUCAUCAAAUAGAACAUGACAGAACAUUAUCGCACUUCUGAAUCUCCUAAUCCUAACCCUAACCCUAACCCGACAGACGAUGACGUUUCACAGUCAUAAGGACAAACCAAUAGAGCCCAGCACUUCUAGCCAAUCAGAGGCAAAGGAGGGCGGGACCUUCCCCUACCAUUCUACAUAAAAAAAAUUUGCAUCCCGCCACAGCUUCCUCUGACAGCGUUCCCCCGCCCUCUGUCGCAGUGCUGUCACUCGUUUAAUCAUUAGCAGCUUGUGUUUGUGCAGUUCAUGGUAUAUUUGUACCGCAGAAAUACACACUGUUGUGUAUUUUGCUCUUAGAUGUUGAUUCCUGUUGUGUGUUAUUGCUGCUUUUGUUUCACUAGUUUUUAGAAGUUUCUUCUUUGUGUGAACUUUAUGCACCAGGCUAACAUGAAGCUAGUGGGCUAACUUAAUCAUGCUAACUUCUUUAAAGGGAUAUUGCGGCAUAAAAUUAAGUUCUGGUCAAACACACUGUAACACCGAGUUAGACACCCCUCAAGAGAAAUGAUCAUUUCUUUGUGGAAAUGCAAUCAGACCAAGACGCUUAGCCAGAAGAACUACCGUGUCUGCAGUGUAAAAUGAUUAAUAUGAUGAUUAUUAUUUCAAGGAAACGAUAAAGAGAUUAUCAUAAAUGUUCUUCCUUGAGCUGCAUCACCCCGCUGUAGUCUGUAAUGGACUGGUCUGAGGUCUCACUACAAACAAGCGGCUGCUGGAAGAGAUAUAUAUAUAAAAAAUAUUAAUUUUGGAAUGAAAAGUGAACCUUUCAUGCCCUACCAUUCAAUGCAAAUAGAGGCAGUUAUUGAAUCUGUAAAACCUUUGUAUUUUGUGCUUAAGAAAUGAACUUGAACACACUAGAAAACACCUGUGUGCACAGAUUAAUCCCAUUAAUAAACAGAUCAUUUAUUGAUCUGUGUGCCGAAGUCUUAUCUUAAAUUUUCAAGUAAAUAUCUUGUACUAAAGACUUGAUAACAAUAAAGUGGUCUUGUUUUUGCAAGAUAAAUCAUCUUUUUGCACAGUCUAAAUAAUAAUUCUUAAAUAUUCAUGUAACAUAGUCUGGUUGUUAUUUUGCAUACAGGAUAAGUUGUGCCAUAAUAUCUCAUGAACAGAAUUUUUAACAUGAAGGAACAAGUUUCUGUGUAAUUAUCUUGAGUUCACCAGACUAUGAUCAUCUUGCACACACUGUCAUUAUUUUGUACACGCAUGAUAAAAAUGUUAUUGAAUUUCAUAUAAAAUGAGCACCUAACAUAAAAAAUGAUAACUCAUGUGCACAAAUUUUUUUUUUAACUUUUUGAGCUCCAUAGUUUUUUGGUUAAAACCAUAGACUGUAUAUAAAAUGGAUGCGGUCUGCCUCCUUGCUGGAUAAAGCCACUCGGAGAACAGCACCCUCUGUUGUUGGGCUGCAGUAUAGAUCAUAAAUCCCGCCUCCGCCAGCAAAGCUAAUGGAGCAGUGGACAAACUUUAGAAAUUUAUUACACAGAAUAUACAUUUUUCUCCCCCCUGCUUGCGAUGUUGACAUUUAGUUAUUGUAAGACUGGUUUGUGUUCAAGUCCUCUUUUUUCUGUACGACUCUGUUUUCAAAAGUUAUUAGGGGGUUCAUGUUUUCUAUGAUUGACACCUGAUACAGCCUAUGGGCAUUCAGGGAUUACGUAGCUCUCCCGGGGGGUACGCUGUUAGAGCCGAGCGUCGACUCUCGGCGACUCUCCCGUUGAAUGCACACAAUACUACUGCGCAGCACUGGUUCCAGGAAAUGAAGAAAAAUCCUGGAAAUACUGAGAGCUUUUCGGCUUCAUAUCCAUAUGCAGGCGGGAGGUGGAACCAAGUUGUCCAUAGUAUAUACAGUCUAUGGUUGAAACCCAAUAAGUAUUUCCUCUUUCUUGACUUUUCUCUCUUGUUCAUUUGAAGUUACUGUGAAUUCAUCUGAACAAGUUUUUAAAAAGUUUAGGAGACAAAAUCAAAAGCUUUCAGAUUAACCUUAAAUUUGGAUUAUUAUCCUUUUCUUUAUUUUUUAAAAUCAUUUUUGAGAAGAAAACAGAUUAAUAUGUUUUUUGCUGUAUUAUAACGUCAUUUCUAAAUUUUGCAGAAAGAAUAAAAUUAUAAUAUAAAAGGACUGAAAUUAAAUGUUUUCCCAUUUAUAUCAAUCCAAAUCACAUUUGAGUUUGUGUCGGUUAUUUUAACAGUUGGUACUUGUGUGUUUUUCUGCACAUGUGUUCAUGUGUGUGUGUGUGUGUGUGUGUGUGUGUGUGUGUGUGUGUGUGUGUGUGUGUGUGUGUGUGUGUGUGUGUGUGUGUGUGCGACCAGCAGCAGCAGUCUCUGCGUCUCUCUGAGCUUCACCGUAAGGCUCAGCUGUGGAGAGGGAUCGUCAGCAUCGCUCUCAUCGAAGGACGAAACCUGAUCCCCAUGGACCCCAACGGACUGAGCGACCCCUACGUCAAGUUCAGACUGGGACCCCAGAAGUACAGGAGCAAAGUACGCCACCACUGACAUCUGACCCCGAUCAGUGAUAGAGCAAGCGCUUAAAUAAACCUCUGAUGAAUGUCAGUGAAGAAUCAAAGCAAGAAAGGUUUGGAGAUGUUGUCUGUGCUCCUUCAAAAUAAAAGCUGUUACAACCCAGUUUGGAAAGGGGAAAGGACGUAACAUAAACCCCGGUUAAGUUGUUGUAAAAAUUGAUAUUUAAAUGCAAAAUAAAUGAGGAAAUGCUGUUUCAACAUAAGUUUGAGGCGAAAAAACAGAGGAAUACAGAUAACUGCUCAAAGAAACAACAAAUGCAACAAAAAGGGACUGUAACCUAGAAUGAGAAACCAAAAUCACAUACUCAAAUUAACACAACUAGGAGUUUAACAAUCCAAGGGUGAGCAGCUCCCUAAUCCUUUACAAAGCAAUAAAAAAAUAUAUAUACAAUGUCGCCUCCACAGCAAUUCACACACACAUGUAUCUCCCUAACAAAAUGUCUAAUGAAUGAACGCGAGUGUCUGCCCCCGAGCACUCCAUUCGGCAGCCUCUUCAGUAGACAACCCACUCCAAUUGGUCCUGCUGACCUGACCCAUCAUCCAAUCCACUCGCACACACCCACACCCACACAUACAGAGAGACACUACCAAACAUGGUAAAGGCCACAGGUAGCCUUCCUUAGAGGAGGGACACAGCUGUAGCCAUAACAAAGCAUACUCAUAAUGACUGUGAUUGCAGACGGUGCCGAAGACCCUGAGUCCUCAGUGGAGGGAGCAGUUUGACCUCCACCUGUACGAGGAGACGGGGGGAGUGUUAGAGAUCACCGUGUGGGACAAAGACACUGGGAGGAGAGACGACUUCAUCGGAAGGUCAGUUUGUUUUCUGUUUGUACAAAUAUUUUUACAGACAGAGAUUUAUUAAAUGUUCAUUUAUUGAUCCUGUGUCUGUCCUCCAGGUGUCAGCUGGACCUCUCCACCCUGGCGAAGGAGCAGACUCAUCACCUGGAGCUGCAGCUGGAGGAGUCCCGAGGCUACGUGGUGCUCCUGGUCACUCUGACGGCCUCCUCUCACGUCUCCAUUGCCGACCUCUCCGUCACCCCGCUGGACGACCCUCAGGAACGGCGGGAGAUUCUGAAACGAUACGUAAGCGCUCUGAAUCAUGUGGAAACUCAAACAGGAGUCUGAGAUCAGGAGUAACUCCUGUCCUUGUUGGUGUUUUUCCUCCUGCAGGGUGUGUUGAAGUCACUUUCUAACCUGAAGGAGGUGGGCAUUGUACAGGUGAAGGUGUUGAGAGCAGAAGGGCUGAUGGCUGCAGAUGUGACAGGUGAGAAAAUGUGCUUUGUAUCAAACUUUUAACAUCCUCGACUUAACUUGACUUUUUUUUGCAUUUUAACCCCUUGUACCAAACUCCUUAAAUGUGCUUCAAACUCCUCUAAGCCUCCUGUAGAGGACUUUAUAUUUCCUGUAUGUACUUUAUUCAUCUUGUGCAUGACUUUUAAAGGUGAGUAGUCAGGAUCUGAGAGAGUUCAAGUUUUUGGGAGAAAUCUUGAAUGUAAACUCGACCCCUCCCAACCAGUUUUCCUCUCAGCUCCUCCUCUUCCCUCCCUCUCUGCUCCAGCAAGCCCCGCCUACAAACAGACGCUCCUGCUCGCUCGUAUUGUUCCAAUUAAAUUCAGAUAUGAUGCAGAUGAAUACUUCAGAUAAUAGAUAGACCUUUACUGUCCCCGGGGGGAAAUUCAUUUUCACAGACACUGACAUGGACACAUAGGGCUCUAUUUUCGUGUCCCCCGGUGAGGCGGUGGAGGGUGGCGGAUCCGCGCAGUGGUAUUUUCGUCUGGCGGUGCCCGGCGUACAGCAAGUUUGGUAUUUUCGUGGACUGAGGCACACUGUGGUCUGCCAAGCUGGGUGUGGUGGCGUGGCAGAGGGAGGUGUCGACAGAAUCAGUUGCCGCAGUGACAUUUUCGUGCUCGCCAGUGCCGUAUAAAGUGCGCUGAAAAGCUCGCCGAUUUAAACCUGGUCAGCUUUCAGCGCAGGCGGAGUGCAGCUGGUCUAGUGGUAUUUUGGUAGACCAGCAGCGUAUCGGCAUAUGUCACCAAUGCCUCACCAGCAGGUUUCCACAGUGUCAGGCACAUUUCAGCGCAAUAAAUAAUCAUCAACAACUAAUUUUCUGAGUCAGCACAUACAUUUAGAUCUAUAUCGAUCUAUUCUGAUCUAUAUCUGAUCUGAUGAGUGCAUUUGGCACACGUUUGGACACACAACCUGAACGAAUCAACACAGCUGAAAACGCAUUAAAUUAAAUUAAACAUCUAGUAAACAGACACACAUGAUGAAGUGAACAAGAUAUUUAAUUCGUCUCCCUCCUUUUCUUUCUUCCUCUUCCUCCUAUUUCUCGCGCAGCUCGACCUGGACAUGUCUCUGUGUCCUACAGCGGCUGAACAGAUGAUUUGUUUCAGUGCUCAGAAGAGUUUUUUACUUUAAGCCUACAUACGGAUAUUAUAAUAUUCAGUUUUGUGAGGCAAAUUUAUUUUAUAUGCCAACAUCUAUGAAAGAAAGAGCCAGGCCACGGAGCGCGAUGCGUCCUUUACACACAGAUGGUUCCGAUUUUAAUGCCAUUAUUUGAAUUUAUGAUGUGAUCCCUGCGCACAACCCACCUUUGUCACGUGAGGUUUGAAUAUAUACAACUUUAUGUGAGUGUCUUUAUUUGUGUAAAAGGGUGUUUGUCUUACCAGUGGGUCCAACAUUACACACACCAAAUCCAUCUGUGCUCAUGUGAGAGAGUGUGGAGGACACCCAAUGCAGCGCUUACAGUGACACUUGUUGAGGAGCUGCCUUCUGUCGCCAUCGUGUGGCAUUACUGUCUUCAGACAUCUCUUGAUCUCUUUGACUACUUCACGAAAAUAGUAAUACACCUCGCCGGUGGCGGAUUUAAAAGCGAGGAGAGGAGCUGAUGUUCGUGGUCAAUACAGGUCACUCUACGCCCUCUCCCCUCCCUCACUACGACUUACGCCGCUGGGAGGAGCUGAGUUAGGGAGGGGGUAUACUUGUGCCGGCCACGCCGCUCACCAAAAUACCAAAUUGUGCUUGGGAACGCCUUGUCGGCGCGGCGGACCUGACUUACGCCUGUGCCACGUCUCCGGCGAAGCACGAAAAUAGAGCCCACAGACUUAAGGACAAUAAGGCAUGUUACAUAAUAAGGGACAGAGGGGCACACAGAACAUCACAGUGCCAACAAUAAGGACAAAGCAUACAGCACAACACAUGCAGAUGAGGCAUGGGAUUAGCUUUGCAGACUGUUCAGAGCAGCAAUGGCAGAAGGGACAAAGCUUUUACUGAAGCUUGGCUGCUUCCACCUCAGAGUCCUGAACCUGCGGCCUGAGGGCAGCAGGCAGAAGUGACUGUGGAGAGGGUGAUCUGAGCCUGUGCUGAUAGUCCAGGCCAUGCGUGUGAUGGAGAUAUUGUUGAAGUGUGAGAGGUCUGUGAUGGGCAGACGAUGAUUUUGGAUGCUGUGUGGGUGACCUUGGUGAGUUUAUUUCUGUUAGUGAUGGACAGCAUGUUAAAGUAACAGGGGGAGCAGUAGAGAAGUAUGGGUUGAAUGAUGCUACUACUGCUACUCUACUAUAUAACAGUAGAGGAGUUUUGGUUUGACAGACAGGGAACGGAGCUUGCGGAGGAUGUGGAGUCUUUGCUGGGAAUGUUUAUGGAUAUCGUGACAUGUUCGAAAGUGAGUUUAUUGUCAAGUGUGAGUCCAAGAUAUUUGAAGUGAUCAACACGUUCGACUCUUUUGUUGUGUAUGGUAGUGAGUGCCAGGUCCAGGGUCUGUGAUUGUGUGUGUAUUAGUAGUUGUUCUGUCUUGUCCACAUUCAGCUCCAGAGAGUUGUCAGAGCACCACUUGGUGAAGUGGGUGACAGACUGGUGGUAAGAAGUUAUGGAGUUAUUGUCCUUGAGAAGUGCAAGAAUGGCAGUGUCAUCUGAGUAUUUGAAGUAUGUGGUGACAGGUGAGGGGCUGGUGCAGUCAUUGGUGUAGAGGGUGUACAGAAAUGGACUGAGAACACACCCUUGGGGGGCGCCGGUGUUAGAGGUUCUAGUGGAUGAGGUGAAUGAACCGAUUCUGAAAGUAAACCGAAAGUAAAAAGCAUUGGUGUUUCUGUAGAUGCCAACAGUCUACCAGCAAACACAAUGUUUGCAGGACUUCAACAACUAGGAUAAAGUGACAUACUCUAUGAGCCGAGGUAAACAGUUAAGUGGCGCUACAACACACAGCAGGUCCCGUUUGACAAGAAACACGUCUGUUACAGACACUUGGCUUACUUUGUUAAAGGGGUUUACCUGUCCAGCAGUAAGGUUACAGGUUCACAAAGAUCCCGAGGCGUUCACUGAUGGUGACCCGGCUUCUUAGCUCAUGUCCAGUCUACCUUCGUUUUAAAUGCCUGUUAUUCCGCCAGAGUCUCCGGUAUUUACUUCGUUUUCUUGCUUGUGUUGGCAGUCGUGGCCAAAGGAGGAUUCAGACACUUUUCUGUACUUUCUGGUUGGUUUCUACUGUCCGAUAUUGUAGCACACUAACUUUGUUUGGACUCGUGAACGACACGGGGGAGCAGCGUUUGCCUCACAACCAGUCAGGUUGGGGGAGGUGGAGAACGGCUUUGUUUACAGUCAGAAAGAGCGGGCCGCUCUAAAAAUUAAAAAUGUUGACUACACAGACAUAACAAAACACAGCGAUAUCAUAAUAUGACCAAAUUUCAUCAAUAACUAUUGACUGAUAUUAAAAGCUUUUUUGUAUAAACACCACAAAAAAAGAUGCUUCUCUAACAGAAUCCUGCCUACCCCACCUUUAAGAGUGCUUUAAACUCCUCUAGGCUUCCUGUAAAGGAGUUUAUAUUUCCUGUGUGCUUCAUUCAUCUUUAAUUUUCAUUUUAUUUACUUUACAUAUCCUCUAUUCUACUUCUACUGUUUUGACACAGCCUACUUUCCAGUUAAUGCGUUUACAAUUGAGCUAAAGCUCCGACUGUGAACUUUCAUUUCCCCCUUUUUUGUUUCCUCGACUCCUGUUAUGGACGUUAUACAUCCUGUACUGUAUUUUAAAACGUCUCUCCUCAACUUUAUACAUCCUGUGCUGAGGGCUAAACCCUGUGGUGCACUUCAAACUCAUUUUGUUUGUUUAAUACACCCUGUUUUGUUCCUUAUACAUCCUGUACUCUGCUAUUUAUUGCUCUCUUUCUGUGAUGGGACUUUUUUUGCAGGUAAAAGCGACCCUUUCUGUGUGCUGGAGCUGAACAACGACAGACUACAGACUCACACUGUUUACAAGAACCUCAAUCCAGAGUGGAACAAAGCCUUCACAUUGUGAGUCAGCAGAAAUAUGUUCAGUACUUUGGUCUGUGUACUUUUACUCAGAUAAGGAGGAAAUGCUGUGAUUUUUGUAGUAGUGUGUUUGCACCUCAAGAUUCAGACGAUCUUUGUCUAAUAAAAGUGAACAAAUAUAAUAUGAUGAGUUAUUAUUGAUCGAGAUGAGACAGGACUCUGUUCAUCCUCACAAAAAGUACUGCUAAAAUAUUCCUAGAAGAUAAAUUUAGAAACUUUAAUUUGAAAAAUGAAGCUCAGAGUGUUUUACGGGAAAGACUGAACGAACAGUCCAAGUGUCAAAAUCUGAUUCGGAAGAUAAUCUUUAGUUUUAGGACGGAUCCAAAGAAGUGUGUCAGCCAAGUGUGAGACCGGAUGAUCCACAUUCAGUGUAAUCCAUUUAAUAAUAAAUCUCUAUCCGCUGUCUGUCUGUUGGUCAAAGACAUCUGCUGCUCACACAGUACUAAGGAGGUCAAACAUAAUUAAAAAUGUGGAGUUAUUCAAAUGUGACGAGCAUCUAGGAUCAGCGAAGGAUGGUUAUAAAUCUAGCUGGACCACAUGGUUUAUUUGUUGUAAUUUAACUUAAUAAUUUAAAGGUUAACAUCUUUUUACGGCGGUGUAAAGGUCUGUGGUCCUGAAAUUCAGAUUUGCGAAAACUACAAAAAAUACCUCUGACACAUCCUGUAUAUCUUCCAGUGAUCGUUUUUAAAAAGCUACUUAAUCAGGGAAUAAAACCCGAGUCUCCUUUGAGUUAAACAUGUGACAUUUUUAUUUUAUAAUGAACUAUUUUAUUAUUUCUGUAUAUUUGCCGCCCUUUAACUGUGCUGUCAAAUAAAGAUUAAAUAAAAUGUAAAUUGAAUAAAUGUAAUGUAGGAAUUUUUCUCAGUGCUUGUAAUCUGAUAAACUGUUGUAUUUGUACAUAUGAAGCAUAAAUCGAACUCACUCCCUUUUUUAAUUUGGUCAGUAAUGUGAAAGACAUCCACUCUGUGCUGGAGGUGACCGUGUUCGACGAGGACAGAGACAGGAGCGCCGACUUCCUGGGGAAAAUCGUAAUCCCGUUAUUACAUGUGAGUAAAUUAGAACAGUGAGAUAUAUAAAACAUACAUUUACAUAUGUUAAUCGUAGUUUAAAGAGUCAGAAGAAGCAAAGAGACGGAUUUGAAGCUCUGUAUUUCUGUAAAAACAAAUAUUUAAUUUUUUUUAGCAGCCCGGUGUUGUUUCAGCUUUGAGAAAGUAAAACUUCAAACUUUUAUUUGUUUGUGUAAAUAAAUGAAAUAAUUUUUUAUUUUAUUUUGAUAGUGUCCUUCUUAACUGACGUAUUUAAUUCUAGUGAAUAUCACGAUGGAUGCUUUUCCUUUGAAAAGAAAAUACCGGAAGUGUAAACUAUGGAAGCGAUUGUGACUCAUAUCUCAAAUUCAAAAGCAUUAACAGAAAUGCUUUUUCAUUUCAAAGUCAUGGCUGCACUAUUUGACUCAAAGAUAGAAAUAAAAAGCAAUAUUCCAAAAUGCAAUUUCAUUUUCUUCUUCAAGACUGCUCAUUUUGUGACUGAAUUAAAAAGCAAAAGCAAAUCACAUUUAACAUUUAAUUUUCAAAACAAUCACAAAAAGGUAACAAAAUUCAAUUUGAAAUGUCAGAUAUGAAAAUUCAAAAGCAUUAGCAGAAAUGCGUUUUCAUUUCAAAUUGAAUUUUGUUACCUUUUUGUGAUUGUUUUGAAAAUUAAAUGUUAAAUGUGAUUUGCUUUUGCUUUUUAAUUCAGUCACAAAAUGAGCGGUCUUGAAGAAGAAAAUGAAAUUGCAUUUUGGAAUAUUGCUUUUUAUUUUUAUUUUUGAGUCAAAUAGUGCAGCCAUGACUUUUAAAUGAAAAAGCAUUUCUGCUAAUGCUUUUGAAUUUGAGAUAUGAGUCACAAUCGCUUCCAUAGUAAACAGCGUUCAUUUUGCAAAUAAAUGAUUGAUAAAAAGUGAUUUAAUGUCGAUAAAGCACCUGGUAGUUUAAGGUUUAAAGUGUUUCCUUAUUCAAAUUUAAGUUAUUGAGUAAAUUUUUAACAUCUUUCUGUAUUUUUGUCACGUUUUAAAAAAAAUUGUGUUAAAGCUAGCAAAGAUGCUACAACAAUAAUUACGGUAAUUCAAUAAGGCUCAUUAAUAUAUUGAAGUGGAUCCGUUUGUAUUUCAUUUACAGUUUAUUGGUAAAGUUUGCAUAAAUAAUAUAGUUUAAAUGUUUUUCAGGGGAUUUGGUUGUAAAAGAGCAACGUACAUUGUAAGGUAGCAUGAAUGAAAUAAAUCUCUAAUUUAAGGUUUUCAUCAGUUUGUUUAAAAAUCUGUUUAAUUCAGGAUUUCAGAUUUUUAAAGGAGUAAUGUUUUUUGUUCAUGUACGAGUUUCCAGGUCAGAAUUAAAACCUUGAACACCUGAGUGAGUCUAUCUGAAAAUGGCAGACAGACUUUAAAAAGAGUCUAAAUCUAAACCUGUGAGUGUUUGUGUGUUUAUUUGUGUGUGUUUGUGUGUGUUUGUGUGUUCCCGUCAGGUCUGUAAUGGUGAACAGAAGAGCUACAUGUUAAAAAACAAAGAGCUGACCGGGCCGACUAAAGGACACAUCGACCUGGAGAUCGACGUCAUCUACAACACGGUGAGAAGUUUUAUUCAAAGGUCAACUAAAAUCACUAAAAUGACCUGGAAAAGUCUUGGAUUUUGAAAAUGAUCGGUCAUUAAAGUCUUAACACAGUCUCAAUCUAAUGACUCUAAAUUUCAGGUGGGUCAUUUCUGAGGCACUUAUAAAAAAUAAUCUGAUUAUAUAAUGUUUACACAUUCUUAUUUUGUUGAUUUGUUUGUUCACGUUCUGCAUUCUUAAACAACAGAGAUUAGAAGAAGAGUUCAAGCACAUUUAAGAUGUAGCUUUAAAUGGAUAAAAUCAGGAUUACAGGAAUAUUUGAUCUUGUUGAAAACGCAGCACACGACUCCGGCUGUAAAUCUGCUCGUAAACUGAAAUGGUGUUUGUCUUCAGGUCAAAGCGGCUCUGAGGACGGUGGUCCCUGCAGAACAGAAAUACAUCGAAGAGGAGCCCAAAGUCUCCAAACAGGUGUGUGUUCAGGAGCAUCUUAAGGCUCACUUCCUGGUCACCUUGUUGUCUGUCGUAGAGCCUCUAAUGCACCUCUAAUGCAUAUAUGUCUUUCAGCUGCUGCAGCAGAACUUUAACCGCGUGAAGAGGUGCAUCAUGGUCCUGAUCAGCUAUGGCACGUACAUUAACAGCUGCUUUGAGUGGGAGUCUGCGCAGAGGAGCAUCGUCUCCUUCGUGGUAAGAAAUGAAGGAACUGAAAAGAUGUGUUUGAGUAAUCCGAGUUGUCUCAGUCAGUAUGUUUACGUGACACUCAAGAAAACCAAAUCAUCACCUUACUCCGAUCAAGACCGGACAACUGAAGUGCAUGUAAACACCUUAGUCUUACACCUUACAUGGUGUCUCAAUCAGAGAACUCUAAUUGAGACACCCAGAUAAUGCGAUUGGAAUUCGAUUUUCUCUACCAUGCGACCAGCGUAUUCGGAGUAUGAUCGGACAAUGCGUGUGCGCCACGCCCCUGUAACCCUGGAACAAAAACACCAGAAAAGAGAAAAAAGUCAACAAUUUGAUUCUCUCAGCUGCAUGUAUACCCGGACAAGGAGAGAAGUCCGAUUCGGUGAAAAAAAAAAAUUAUGAGCUCCGAUUGAACUGUGCAUGUAAACACACUGAGUAACAAAUUUUCCUGACGUUGUCUCCAGCUCUUCGUGGUGGUGGUCUGGAACUUCGAGCUCUACAUGUUGCCUCUGGGUCUCCUGCUGCUCCUUGUCUGGAACUACUUCUUCUCCUCCGUCAGAGAAACAGCCGACAUGGUGAGAAAAUAAAAACAGAAAUCAGGUUCAUGUUUAAAAAAACGACAUGGUGAUAUUCACUGCGUCUUUUCUGCUGCAGUCCAUGGAGGCCAUGUUUGAGUGGGAAGAGGAUGACGAGGACAAAGAGGACAAGGUAUCUUGGUCACCUGGCCCCCGUGUGAUGUUGGUACCCGUGUUUUUCUUCAGGCACUAAAACAGACUUCCUCUUGUCUCUGUCAGGAGUCGGAGCACAAGGGCUUCAUGGAUAAACUCUACGCCAUCCAGGACGUCUUCAUCAGCGUGCAGAACGCUCUGGAUGAAGUGGCUUCAUACGGAGAGAGGAUAAAGAAGUAGGUGACAGGGAGCCGGAUUAUCGACUGAGGACUCAGUCUUGCCCCCAAUUUUCACCACAUCUGGAAUGGCAGCAAUUUUUCUGUCCACCAAUUCCUACCGGAUCUGUUGGUGAGGUGAAUUUCAUGGUGGAUUACAGACAGCGGUGAUCACCAGAAAUCACAAGAAUCCGCGGAUUCACAUGCAAUCGUGCAGUAACAAGUUAUCUCUACAAAGACAGCCACGUAGACAUAUAAGCAGUAGAUUGUGUCCUUCUAGAGGAGGAAAUCUACUUCUAGAGUUCUAGAAUCAGCAUCUCCUCAUCCAUGGUGUCAUCAGGGUAAUAUGAUGUCUUAAAACCUUUCACUUGUUCAUCUCCACCCAUUUGCAUGGUGUGAAAUAUGAUCCGCCUCAAACACAGAGUGUUUUAUUUUGAAAAGAAGCCGGAUGUUUUAUUUUGUGUCUGUGCCCGACUUCCUUUCCAGCACAAGUUAAUCUGUGCUGAAUUUAUCCAGCAUGCUCCGGCGUCCGGAAAAAGUAGAACUCUUGUGAUCAGCUGUGGAGUCUGGCGAUCUGCAGCGGAACGGAAAGAAGCCGGUGGAAAUUGACACGUUAACUUGAAUGGUUACUAUCAGCUGUGAUCGGCAGAUACGGCCUUUUCGUAGCCGUUCCAGAUGCGGUGGAAAUUGGGGGUUACUCUGAGCUCCUCCUCUUUAUUCUCGCCUGAUUCUGUCUCCACACCUUUCUUUCUCCUCUCCCUCUGCAGCACGGUGAACUGGACAGUGCCUUUCCUCAGCUGCUUGGCAAUCACUGCCUUAUGUUUAGCCACAGUCCUGCUCUACCUCAUACCUCUGCGGUACCUGGUGCUGGCCUGGGGUGAGUCCAGCUUUCAUUCAGACAGACACACCAACACAGAGACCUUUUGAAGGUGGACUAAAAUCUUUGUAUCCCGCAGGCGUGAAUAAGUUUACCAAGAAACUCCGAGAUCCAUACAUGAUCGACAACAACGAGCUUCUUGACUUUCUCUCCAGAGUGCCGUCUGACGUACAAGUGGUGAGUAACUCCUCUUUACUCUGUCAUGUACGUAGGAAAAGCCUCACAACCCUGACCCUGAACCAGGGGCCGUACACUCAGAUGUGAGUGUGUAAUAAGUCUGACAAACGUUCCUACUCAAAAGAAAUUAUCAUGUACUUGUUCUUAGGAAUGUGCGAGAAUUUAAGCCCAACUCUGACCAUGCUUACACACAAACCCUAGUGGUAGAUCAGUGAAACUACAAACAGAAUCCAUUAAAGGAGUCACAGUAUUCAGCAAUCUCAAACUUCACACAUGUUCUCUGUUCCCUCUGUACAAAAUUUAUCAAUUAGUUAUUGAUCAGACAUUUUGGAUGAUUGGUGUGACAAGCUAUAAAAAUCAGCUGUGACAGGACAACCUCAGAAGAAUUCUAACAAGUACAAAUACAAGUAUCAUGGUUUAUUUUGAGCUAUUGGAGGACUUGGAGAACCGUCUGCUCCUUAGGGAGUGCGUUUUCAAAGAGCGCGCUGAUCUGUUCAGUGAGAACUCAGAGUGGAUUCUAAGCAAGUACCGCUUCCCCAAAAACAUUUGAAUGGAUUAAUGCCGUGAUUUACUACCUGUGUUGGAGUGAAAGACGAAACGCACAGAAGCCAUCCCACAUCGCAAUAAAAGCACCUUCAUGCAAAAAAUCCAGUUUUGUCAACGAAAGGAUUUCGAUCAAUCAUCUGCAAAAUCCAUUCACGCAUUUUUUAAAGGGAUUGUUGAUACCAUAUGUAGUCAACUAGAGGCGUUUCUGAAUGCAAAAAUAGAACUCUUGCAAUCAGCUGCAGAGUCCAGCGAUCCGCAGCGAAAUGAAAAGAAGCCGGUGGAAAUUGACUUGAAUGGUUACAAUCAGCUAUGAUCAGCGGAUAAGGCCUUUUUGUAGUCGUUCCGGGCGUGGCGGAAAUUGGGGGUUACUCUGAGCUCCUCCUCUUCAUUCCUGCCUCAAUUUACAAUCCGUGUUGUAACAGACAUAUACGGCAUUUCACUAGCAAUGACCACGGCACAAUGAUAUAAGUUUGAAUAUUUAAUACAAAUUCAGGAGUGUGUAUAUCUUGUCUGACGUGUGUAUGUUGUGAUGGAUAUUGACGUUGAUGAGGAGUGUCGCAUGUCUGGUUGGUCUGGGAGGUUCAGUAGAGGCCCGGCAGUGAGAGACUCAGGAUGGGGGUUUCGUCUCAGGCAUAGCUCUGCCCAAGCUUAGUCCAAUAAUUUCUCUGGCCUCAACUUACAUCCAGUUCCCAAACACACAUCACCAACAAGCCGAAAUAAAAUGGAGCCAUAGAUGCACCCAUAUCGCAGUACAAGCACCUUCACACAAAAAUUCAGUUUUGUCAACAGGAAAGGAUUUCAUUCAAUCAUCUGCGAAAUCCAUUCACCCAUUUUAAAGUGAUUGUUGAUACCAUAUUUGGUAAUUUGGCGUUUCUGAAUGUAAAUGACCCUAACCAUGCACGAGCACGGUAGUAAAGAACAGGUGGGAUUUAUCAUCACUGGUGUGUGUACAACCGGUGUCUGCAUGUUUGAUAAAUGCAGAUUUUUUUGUAUUUACGCACAUUCAAAAUUUCAAUCCUACGCCAGAAUUUAGAACCUUUUCUACACAUCGUUGAUAAAUGAGGACCCUGGACUUUCACUCCUCUGUUCCUCCUGAUUGUUUAUAUGUUUGUGUGUGCAGAUGCAGUACCGUGAGCUGAAGCUGGACCCCGGUCAAAGUCCAAACAAACGCAGGAGGACGAACCCAAGCUAGCUGCUGCUGCCGCUGCUAAGUCCUGUCGGUCAUCAUUCCUCUCUGACUGUACACACUGUAAACUAUCUUAUUUAUAUAUUUCUGCUCUAUUUUCAGUAUUACCUGAAGGUUUACGUGUUCAGUUGUUUCUUUUUUUUUAUUACCGUGGAAAGAUUUAUUUUCUAAAUCUUGUAAAGAAUGUUUUUACUAUCUUUUAUUUCCUGUAAAGACGCUCCACACACGUAUAUAUACGUGUUGAUCAUGUUUGCUUUGAAUGUAAAUGUGCGCGCUGCAAAGACUCUGCAUGUAUGAAGGUGUGCCGCUGUUGCAUGGAAGUGUUUCAUCUGUGUUUUAUACCCGUUUUCAGUUUUCGUGCUGUUUUUACCUCGAGUGUGUCGUCAGUGUCUGAUGUGACUUUACAUACAGAGUUGCAUGAUUUUAUUGCCACAUUAUUACAUGUACGAUAAUAUUUACACUCAGAAAAAUAGUACUUUAUAUGCAACACGUCAGAUUUAGACAAAUCUACAUAACAGCUAUAGUAGCAUGUUCGACUCGCUAACUGUUUUUCAGCCUGCUUCGUGAAAAUAGAUCGCUUCAGCAAUGAAAACCCUUCUUUUCUUUUGUACGCUUUAAACGCCAUUUAGAGGGGCAUUUCACUGAUUAAACACGUGGGUCAUUUGAAUAAGGCUGCACAGCCUUUGGAAACACUUGAAAACUCUGUGUUUCAGACAAACGUGACCGUUUGUAGAUAAGAGGGUGGAGCUGGAGAGAAAUGAGGGGCUGGCGAACAGAAAAACACAAGAGUUAGCUCCGUUAGCAUCUGUAGUCUACAAUAACUGGGAGGCGAAAAAACAGAACCCCCAUAAUAAUGAAGAGACUACUCAGAGUGUUUGUUUUUUACUGAACUUUAAGUAUAUGCAUUUUUAAGGCAUUAUGGUAGCAGUUUGUUAAUCUGAGGUAUCCUCCCCCGCCUUUUGGUUGAUUUGACUCUAAAUGGGCCAAUAAUUGACAGAAUAAACUAUGUGCAGUUCUAAAGAAGACUUAAAUCUAGAGUUAAGUCAGACCACAAACUCUUAGAAAAUGUUUAAUGUAAGGGAAUAAACCAAUGAAAAAAUAGGACCAUUUUCUCAUAGACUUCUAUACGUUUUUAAAGGGAGUGGGGUUCCUCCUGCUGGACGUUACAAGAACUGCAGGCUCUAAACUCCUGUUUAUUUCACUCCUCCAUUUUUCUUAAGAGUUGCAUUAUUUGUGUUCAGUUUUAUGAUCUGAAAUGUCUCCUGAUGUCUCAUAUUGUAAUAUUUCAUUUUGUGCAUAUUUACCUGUGCAAACAAGUAAAUCUCAUGCACACAGUACACUGAAGUUUAAGGCGGCAAAUCACUUAUUUUGUGCACUCGGUGGAAGUAUCUUGUGUGCAGAAGUUAAUACCUUCUAGGAGCUGUACAGUUAUCCCCUGGGAACCAGAUAUAAUCUCUCUGCAAUAAAGUUAAUUAUACUGUGCAUGCACAAUAAUAUCUUGUGCACUCAGUAUAAUAAAUGUGUUACUUUGAGAUAAUAUCCUGUGCACAAGUCUUUAUCUUGUGUGCACAUUAUACUCAACUUGAAAAUGUAUUUUCUUGUGCAUAUGAAUUAAUAUCAUGCUCACAAGUAAACACAUUUUGCACGCAGGGUUAUUCCUUGUGUUGGCAACUUAAUAUGAUGUGUCUUUCAGGAAUAGAACUUAUAUUGAAUUGGGUAAAAGAAACUUACGCACAAGUUAUAGGCACAGUUAAACUAAACUGUGUACAAGAUAUAAGUAAAUAUCUUUUACAUGCAAAUUAACACACAGGUUAACGUCUAAUGUAUGCAAUUUAUUAACUUGUGCACACAAAAAACAAUUACCUUGUUUGCACAACAUAAAUAUAUAUAUUACUUUUUGGGCCAUCAGGAGCUCCAUAGGAAAGAGUUGAUGUCAUAAAAUAUCCAAAGACCAGGUAUCUAUGCUCCAUUUUUUCACAGUAAUUUAAAGUGAUUUUUAUUAUUAUUGUUAUUUCUGAUUUAUGUUGGUCAGGCAGCGUCAGCUUUACUUUAAAAUGAAAAUUUUUGUGCAGAGGAAGUAUUUAAAAAGUGACUAAAACAUGAUGCAUUAAAAUCAAGAUUUAAAUACCAGACAUUAAAUAUAUUUUUACCUGUUCAUAAUCAGAAAAAUGAUCUGCCGUGGUUUUAAUGUGUCUGAAAAAACGAGGAUAUGCUGGAUUUUCUCUCUUUUUUUAUACAUUUGGGUUCUUAUGUUUAAGAUUUUAUGUUUUUUUUUUCUGCAUGUUUGUGUAAACUGUCAUUAAUGUGUCAUUAUAUAUGUUGCAUGACUGAACUUAAAACUUAUAUGCAAGAGCAUUUACAAGUUCUGAAUGUGAAAGGUUAUCCUUUAAUGUCUGUGUGUUGUCCAGAUUCACCUGAGCUCCAGGUAAAGAGAGGACAAAGCUGCUGUACAGAUCUGAUCUUUCAAUGUUUACUCUCUCUCUCUCUUUACCGCCGAAUCGUCACCUCUUCGAUCCGUUUCUGAUUCCUGUCACACCAUUUCGCUGCUGUCGAGCAAUUUACUGCCAUAAAGUCAGGACUGACUUUAACAACUGUGUAGCAUUUCUUGGUAAAAAAAAAAUAUAUUUCUACACACAGCCA